AUGCAUCAUCCGGACCCUGCAGCAGACUCUGGCAGUGUUAGAAAGAUGGCGCAACCGGCUGUCUUUCAUAGAAGGGGUAGCAACACAAGCAGCGGGAGCGGCUCCACGUUGUCCACGCCGGCAGAUCAGGUGGUCAACAACAGCCACGUCCCUGCUGAUGAUUAUCAACACUCCCUGUUGAUCCAGUGCCAACCUCCUGCUGGUUCAUCCUCCCCAAAUCCCCAUCAUAUUCCACCCCACAGCCUGAAUUUGCUUUCCCAGUCCCAGGCAACACAGUCAGCUGGAGCUCAAAUCAAAAAGAAGAGUGGUUUUCAGAUCACAAGUGUAACUCCAGCCCAAAUAUCUGUGAGUACCAAUAACAGUAUUGCAGAGGAUACAGAAAGCUAUGAUGAUCUGGAUGAGUCCCACACAGAGGAUCUCUCUUCGUCUGAAAUCCUGGAUGUUUCCCUGUCCCGGGCCAAUGAUCUGGUGGGUGCAGAGAGAAGUUCUUCAGAAGAGACACUGAAUAAUUUCCAUGAAGCAGAGACCCCUGGAGCAGUCUCCCCAAACCAGCCUUCACAACCUCAUGCCCUAAACCAGACCCAACACCAAAGUGGGGCCAUGGUCAAUGGGACCGUGCAUCAUCAUCAUCAACAUCAACAUCCCCAUCAUCCUCACCAUGGUCAUAUCUAUCCACAACCUUCUGGACCGGGGAGCACUCCAGCUGCCCUCAAUUCUGUCACCCAGAAAAUGCCUUCUAACAUGGGGGUCCCUCAAGAGAAUGUUUCCCAGGCUGCCCUUCCAAGUAUUGUCGCCCAGUCUGUGGGAGUUGUGGCCCCAGGAUCUGUCCCUGGAAUGCACCACUCUACUACGGGCACUACAGUUAGCAUAGUUAAUCCCCAGACCAGCAGUGUUAGUAAUGUGAAUAUGGUGAGCUCUGCCAGUGUGUCUGUGAAAGGGGGGAUCAGCCUGAGUGCUAGCAGUAGCAGUGGUGGCUUUCCUCUCAAUGUGAUAAGCAGCAGUGGGGGGAGUGGAGGUGGUGCUGUUGCAGCCGGGGGCAACAUUAUUACCACUAAUGUCAGCACUAUUCAACAACAGCAGAACAUCAACUCAAUCUCCAUGACUACCACAACUACUGUUGCUGUCAGUGCCUCUGGAGAACUGGGACUCGCCAGUGGGAUCCAGGGUAAAGUUGGAUCUGCUGUGCAACAGGCUGUGAGUGCCCCUGUUGCAGCUGUAGCCACCGCUCCUGUACUAUCAAACCCUGCUCAUCCUGGCCCACCUACAACCCCUGCAGUGGCAACCACCAGUUCUCGUUUCAGGGUGGUGAAGUUGGACUCUAGCUCAGAGCCUUUUAAGAAGGGCAGAUGGACGUGCACUGAAUUCUAUGACAAGGAGACUCCAGUCUCUGCCCCCAGCUCCUCUGCAUCUGAUACUGGGUCUCUCAGCAUGCGCCAGUUUCCCUCUGAGAGCUUUGCUGGGGCCUCUGAGAGGGAAAGCACAACUAGUAGUUCUGUGAGUAGCACCAUGAGUACUUUGAGCCAUUACACUGAAAGUGUUUGUAGUGGAGAAGCUGGGGCACCCCAAAAUACCCAGGAUUUUGUCUCCCCUCCCCAGGGUUUUCAAGGAAUCCCACCCAGUGGCCUGAGUAUCGGAGUAUCCCAAACCCAACCUCACAAACACCUCCAAGAUGUUACCCAUUCACAUAUUAAGACAACAGUGGCUCCCUCAGCUUCCACAAAUGUUAAUCAUCCUACUCCCAUGCCAGGACACCAGAAUACACUUGGACUCUCAGCACCUGCUGUGCACCAGCAGCUCACCUAUGCCCAGGCAGUUGCAAAUCAAUCUACAGGCUCCACACAUAGUCUAGUGGGGGUUCAGCAGCAGAAGAUGAGCUACUCCUCAAUGUCACAGCAACCUGCUGCUGCCCCUCAAGCAGCUCCGGUGCAUGUGAGGCCAUCUGAGUAUACCCAGGCUCACCAAGGUAUCUCCCAGGCUGCCAACCCUCAUUCUCUAUCCAACCAAGCUGGACCAGCGCCCUCUGGGCCAGCUAACGGAGCAUGUCAAAUGGUUGGGGCUCUGCAGCAAUCACAGACACUGCCACACACACAGCCCCAGCAGCCCUCCUCCCACCAGGCCACUAACUCCAGCAUGCCAUCUCCUGUUGGAGUGUCUGGUCUCGGCCAACAACCUCAGAGCCAGCCCAGUCACUUAGAUUGCCAGCAGCAGAGGCUACAGUCUCUCCCAACACAAAACCAAAACCUGGGCCUGGGAGCCCAGCUGUCUACAGCAGUUCACCAGAGUCAAGUGUCUGCACCAAGUGUUCUCCCUCCCAACCCUCAGAGUGAUCCCCACAACACUGGAAAUGGCAGUAGGAUACUUCCACAGGGUGUUCCUCACAGCCAACCAUCUAGCAUCAGUUUGUCCCAGGACCACAACAGUGCCCAGGCCCUGGCUCAUGCUGCACAGGCCAGUGCCCUCUACGCUAGUCUGCCCACUUUUACCACAACUCAGCUGCAGGACGCACAGCGGUUGCUCCUCCAGCACCAGUCAGCUCUGCUGGGGCUACCCAAGCUGUCUGGAGGGGAAACUGAAUCUGGAUCCAACACUGGCCAGAGUCUAGAGGCGGAGGCCAGCGCUGCUACUGUCAGUGCCUUAACUGCAUCAGCUGGUCUCAAGGCUGUUGACGGGGAAGAGGAUGGGUAAGAGAUUUAAUUUAAUCUUCCAGUCUAUUUGUUUAAACUAUUUAAUGUGUUGGUAACUUGUUAAAAUAUUUUCAUGACACAGACACAAUUGACAAACUUUUUUUGCUCCUAUUUAAUAGGCUUUUGUGGUAAACUCAGCAUUCAGUCUUUUUGAAACUGGGGAUUUCACUGGUCAAUGUGGUGGCUGUGAGGAGAGAAAAGUGUUUUUGUUUUCCUAGACAGCCAGCAGACAGUGAUCCAGCUACCACCGUCUGUCUGCCCUCUAUCCGUAAGACACAGUGUAGGGCUCAGUUGGAUGUGAUGUCUUUUGUCUUUAUCAAGUGACUGCAGUGAAUCAACAUUUUACUUUGCCUGACUCCUUGCUUGAAUCCUGACGGUGAUCCUUACAGGGCGUAAUUUCUGCUGGGAGCACAGUUUGCUUGUUGUAUAUUCUGCACCUUUUAUUGUUGUAAAGCAGGAAGCAAGGCAGAUGUGUUCCACGGAUAUUGAAUAAGAAAUGCACAAGUAACUGCAGAUAUCACUGUAAUGAGCAUAAUGGUCCUAUGCUAUAUCAAAUCAAAACAUUGCAUAACUUUUUACGUGUGUUUUAUUCCCUUUUGCAAAGCACAGGCCUGAAAAUACACCCUUGUCUUUUAUUUAAGUUGAGCAUUAAAUUUUUGUUGUAUACCACAGUAGUCCUAUACCAUCACUAAAAUGUCACCACACAACAGAUGGCGACAGAUUUGUUUCACAAACCAGCUGAGAUUUGGUUGGAAUUUACUCAAAUAAUGAGUUUAAGGAACUUAUUUUGAGGCGACUGGGGAUUUUAGUAACCAUGCUGCAACAGGAAAUUUCUCAAAUUUGGUUAGUCUUAAAAACUUCACCCCUUUUCCUGAGUUUGGAAAAUAUUAUUAUCGCCACAGCCUUAAGGCUGUUUUGCAUAGAUGCAGUAAAAGUUGAGAGAAUGAACCUAGAUACUCUGACUGCAGGACAGGCUUCAGUGGAUAUGAAGGAUGGUAACUUAUCACAUGACAUUUAACUCUUAGGAAUGUGACUUCUGUGAGGGAUAAAUUGGAUUAUUGUCUUUGAUGAUAAGUAGCAUUUGAGAGAAACUAAAGACCUUGUUAGAAAUGAUAAGAUUGCCACAGAGAAUCAGACUCAUGGCUCAUUUCUCUCUUGUUUACCUGCUAUCACACAAGUUGAAAGGCUCCAUUGAAGCCUUUGCUUCUUCACCAGUGGUUGGAAAUUGGGCUGGCAAUUUUCUCUCAGUCUCUAUAGAUACAACCAACAAAAGUUGAAUCUGCACCUCUGUCUCAGCGUUCACAAAACAGGCACAGCAUCAUCAGAUGUUCAACUAACUUUGAACAUUUACAGAGACUACAAACUUAUCCUGACCUCUGACCUAGAUUCAAUUCAAUAUUUAGUCAUUUGCUGGUACCUAAUUUUUCAGUGUUGUAUAUUAUUUGUUAGAUUAGAGGUAUUGUAACAACCAAACUAGCAAUUACUUGAAUAAUCGAUUAAUUUGCGAAAUGUUUUUUCGAUUAUUGAUAAAUCCAUUAUAGGGCUGGGGCGAUUCAUUGAUGUAAUCGACUACAAAAAUUUGUCUAUGCAAAAAAUAAGCGCCAACGCGUUGCAUGAUGACGUAGACAAUGGCCACUUCAGGUAACGGUGGAAGCCUGGACGGCAAACGAGCUUCACCUAAUGGGGUCGAUUUCAACCCCACUUUAGCAUGAUCUAUGAGCAGCUCCUUUAAAUCAAUAUCUGUGUUCUUCUUCGUUCACAUUGCCAAGAUCGCGUUGCUUUCAUUCAAGGAGACAUGCAGUGACCUGCCAAUCAAAUAACCCAUCGCUGGUGCAGCAAACGCCACAGUGGAUGCUUCAUCAUACGCCCUGCAUCCCAUAUCUAAUUCAUUCACUUAACCCUUGUACCUUCUUAAGGUUUCUGGAGGGGUAAGGCCUUCUCUUUGAUGCUACAACUUUUUUUCUAUUAAUGCCCUUGCAAAGAAAUUCCUAGAAAAUGUGUAUUUUGUGAUGAGGCAUGAUAUACGUGAAAUUGAAGAAAAAAAACCCUAUGGUUAUGUGUUUUUUUUUCAAAUAUGCUUAAUCUUGCAUUAGCGUCACACAAGUGCCACAUGCAUUCCAAUGGGAAACCACUUGUCUUUUACAUAUACCCAUAUCAGUGGGAAAAAAUGAAUUUCAGCAAAGACUGUUUUCCCCCUUUUCAGAAGACAUUAAAGAUGCACUGUGCACAAGGUGCCCCUUUUUUUUCAUGAAUAAUAGAGGCUGAUCUAGCCAAGUGGUCAAAACCCCAUUAUUCCUUAUGGGAAUUUGGCAAAAAUUACAAUAUUCAAAAAUCAAAAAAUGCACAUAAUUUUAUCACUAAUAAAAUUAAGCAAUUUUUUAUCUUAUUUUUACCAUUUUACUUUAUUUGGGCAUGAAUCUGUCUCAAAUUUGUUAUUCUGGUGUUUUUUCGUUUUUUUUACCAUUUUGGUCAGUUUGACACACCCGCAAACUACAGCCUAUGAUAGAUGCAGUCUUUUGGAAGGAAAAUCUGCUACCUGUUUAUAAUAUACUGCCACAAGAGUUCAAAUCAGAUUUUUCCCCCCAUUUUUUUGCAUUUUAUUUUGAGUCUAUUUCCAAUCCAACUUUUUCAAAUCAUGAAUGCUGAAAUUUCAUUUGUUUUCAUAUCCGUUAUUGACCCUCAGUGAGAGGCCAUUUUUUGCAAAAAAACAAAAGUAGACUGUAGAAGUGAAUAAAUCAGGUGUGCAUGUAUUUUUUUUUAUGUGUUAGUGUUUUCCGUGUGUGCAUGGUCGUGUGUGUUCGUGUGCAAAUGUUUGUGCACGCGCAUGAUCUUGCGCGCGCUCGUCACAGCCAGCGAUUGCGUUCAUGGCACAUGCGCCCCAAGCGUCCGAGGUUGCCCGGGGUACAGCCGCCCCGUUACCCGUGAUCAGAUAGCCUUAGGCCCGCGUCAGCAAAGGCGGGGAGCCGCUGGCUGCUCUGGAGGUGGUGGCCGACCUCUUCUUCUUCCGGUUAAUGGGGUUUUGCAUCCGGCAGUCCGACGUAUCUCAUACUAAUUACUGUGCCGCUACCUGUUCUGGAGAUACCUUCCCUCAGCUCCGCCGAUCGUAAGCAAGCACAAACACACACACACACCCCACACACACACUCCACACACGCACACACACACACUUACACACACAGCGAUCGCCACCACGUGGCGGAGUCAGGUUAGCUCGCUUCACUAGCUCCACUGAGCGCAAGCACACACACACACACACACGUGUAAAAGGGGUUAAAAGUUUGAAACUGAGUGAUUUUUUCUUUUGAGUGGUUAGAGCAGAAGUCACUGAUGACAGCCAUGAAAAAAAAAGGGCAACUUUUCAUUUGUAGAUGAUUUUAUAGGCCACUAAGUGACAGUGGCAGUUCCCUGCCACUAAUACCAGAUUAGUCGUUUUUUUUUAUUUUCUGCUGUGACACAAAAACUGAAACUGCAACUAAAACUAUUUUUACACAUACUUAUACCACUCAUAGGUUCUGAUAAUCUUGCACAAAGAAAUUUGAUUUUGCAUUACUCUUUUAAUGUUUUUACCACUUUUUAAAAUUUUUGGCAUUUUUUACGGUGUGUUUACACUAAAAUUAAAGGGGUUAAAAGUUUGAAACCGAGUGAUUUUUUCUUUUGAGUGGUUAGAGCAGAAGUCAAUAAUGACAGCCAUAAUAAGAAAAGGGCAACUUUUCAUUUAUAGAUGAUUUUAUAGGCCACUAAGUGACAGUGGCAGUUCCGUGCCACUAAUACCAGAUUAGGGAUUCUGAGGAAAGAAGGUACAAGGGUUAAAGCAGUUAGCUCGAAGUUGAAGCAUCAGUUUUGUGCUUUUAUUUGUCCUAUAACUCGCUAAUUAAUCAGCUGUGUAAUCACCAACUAUAGCUCUCCUAAUGCUAAUACUCGGCGAUCGCGAGCACCGCUGCACACUGAUCUUACCUCUUUUUGUGAAUGUUAGUGGAAUAGGCUCUGUCUGUCUUAGAGAUAUUUUUUAGCUUACUUUUAAUGUGCUGGGACUUGUUAUCUCACGUGGCAAUAGAUGAAAGGCAAUGCCGACACAGAAGACAUGUUUGGUUGACAUCAUCUUUCUUGUUACCGAAUUAAUUCCAGAUAAAUGAUGUCGCUUUUCUUUUUGGCAACAGGUCUUUUUUUUUCUUGUUCGUUGCUCAUUUUGCAAUCAUUGAUGUUGUUACUGGUGUUGCGCCGAGAAACGCAUGUCAGCUGAGAAUUGCAUACACCUCGCAGAAAUGCACACAGCUUAUAGUAGAGUGGUCCACGGAAAUGAAUGACUUAAAACACAUACAUUUCAUAUUUGGCGGGCAUACGUUUCUCGGCACAACACGGCAGCACCAGCAGCAGCAGCUCCAUGUGCAGGCCAUGUGCAGGGGCGUGGUUUCCUUCCCUCUGAUUUAAAUUACAGCUAGCAGGGUAGUCUGCUCGGCAACUGAGUAAAGAAUGAAUGUGAUUGGUGUAUCACUGCACAGCACAUGCAGAGUCUACAUGCACUGUAUGUCAGUCAGCUAACCUUGAAAAUAGAUGAGUUCAUUCGCCUCCGACAUUGCAGGCUCUGCAAUGUGACUAUCGCGCACACGUACAUUGACAUGCUCAAACAAUAUAUCGUGCAGCCCUAAUACUCACUCACUCACUCACUCAGUCACUUACUCAGUCACUCACUUUCUUCAGUAACUUUGCAUUGCAAUGCAAAGAUGUUAGCAUGUCAACAUGCCCCUGGCUGUGGCUGGCUCUUUUUUUGGCGGCUGUGUCCUUCUGCACAGAACAAACGCCCAGAUGGUAUCGAAGUACCAAGAAUGCAUAAGUAGGACUUGGCUAGCCCGGUCAAUUUUUGAUAUCUGUCUCUGUUAGCCUUUAACCACUGCAAUACAUUUUCUUUCUUGGCAUGGUUCUUUUCUACCAAGUUUGCGAGGACUUCAUUUUUCACUUGGUUUUGAACAUCCUCCCCUUUGCUUGCUCUGUCCUCAUCUUCACCAUCAGAACUAAGGAGUGAAUCCAGCAGGGUGGCAGGAGGUGUUGAUUCAGCUGCUGGAGUAUCUGUGCAGAAGCUACUGCAACUGCUGACCUGCUGCACAUUAGCUCCCUUUUCCCUGCAAGUGCCAUUGAUAGCACUUAAGUUUGGACAUGUAGGACUUCAGCAGGUGAUUGAAACUUUAGUCUUCUAAACCUUGGGCCAAGGGCCAUUUCAGGAAUCACUGUGUCAGGUGCUGUAUCUGAUAAGGCGGUCUCCCCUCUCUGUAGCAGUGAGUUAGAAAGCCCGGAGCCAGGCUGACUCAAAGGCAGCACUCUGGUUGGACUUCAAUAGCCCCUUCACAAGUGGAGCUAUGGCAAAUAUUGUUGUGUAUUUCUGUCCACUCAUGAACACAGUGGCACAUUCAAAAGGUUUGAGAGCUGCUGAAAGCUCUUCCAGCAGGCUCCACUGUUCUGGUUUUAAAUCCAUGUACCUUUUGCCUUUCUGUGUGACAGAGCUGUCAGACAACAUUGCUGUUCCAGGCAACCCUUGCUCAAGAAGUCAGCUUAUCAUAUAGAGUGUACUAUUCCAUCUAGUGCUAAUGUCUUGAACAAGGCUGUGCUCAGGUGUGGCCGUUUGUUGUUUCUCUUUUAGCUUAGUUCAGGCCAGCUUGCUUUUCUUAAAAUGCUCAACCAGACAUCUCACAUCCCAGAUAGCUUUUUCAAUGCUUGGUCGCUUCAACGCAGCAUUGAUCACAAGCAAGUUUGGCCAGUGCAACGCACAGAGGACCAUCCAUGCUUCUCCACCAGGAUGUUUGCUGCAGCCACAACAUUGGCACCAUUGUCAUGCACUAUGGUGAUGGUUUUACAAGGAGGAAUGUCAAACCUAGCUACUACCUCCUUCAACCACUGUGCGAUGCUAGAUGCAGUAUGUCUGUCCUGCAGUGGCAUGGUGGUGAGGCAGAUUGACUGCAUGUCCCAGUUAUCUGUGAUGAAGUGGCAGGUAACAGCAAGAUAGGCUUCAUUGGCUACACUUGUCCAUACAUCAGCAGUAAGAGCAAGUGCGCUGUGGUUUGUGUUAAUUGCAGUCUUCACUUCCUUGAAAAUCCUUUUUUAUUUUCUCUCCAUGAGCUUUUUUAAAAUUUGUCCUCAAGUGAAGCGUGUAACCUGGAUUAAAGGUGCGGAUCAUUAUAGUCAAGCCUUUUGUCUUUAACCAUCGACAGGGGCCUCAUGUCACUGAUGACCAUGUUAAGGAUGCUUUCAGUCAAGACAGCUGCUUGUCGUGGUGUACAUGAUGUCUCCCCCACCAUGAAGCCUGUCAUUGUUUGCUGUUUUUUUUUGUUCAAGAAUUAGAAAGACAGUAUCGUAUGACUAUGUAUUAUAGCACAAUUUACAACAACUCAAUAAAUUCUUUGUUUUCUUCGCAGUAUUAGGUCAAGGCAAGCAAGUAACCAUAUGAGCACCUAUAAAAACACACACACACGCACACACAAACACAUAUGUGUAUAUAUUUGUGUAUAUAUGUGUGUUUUAUAUUUCUGUAUAUAUAUUUGUGUGUGUGUGUGUGUGUGUACAGUUGUGGUCAAAAGUUUACAUACACUUGUAAAGAACAUGUAACAUGUAAAGAACAGAGUUUCCAGUUAUUUCUACAACUCAGAUUUUUCUCUGAUAGAGUGAUUGGAACAGAAAAAACACUCAUGAAGUUUAGUUCUUUUAUGACUUUAUUAUGGGUGAACAGAAAAAAAGGACAAAAUCUGCUGGGUCAAAAAUAUACAUGCAGCAACAUGAAUUAGCAAUUUUGGUGACUUAGAAAGUUGUGUCAAUGAAAUGAGCUUCAUAGCAAGGCCUCUUUACUUCUUGUGAGUGAUUAUGAGUGACUACAGCUGGUGACUUCUCUGAGGCCAUUUAAAUAAGGCUUAUUGGAUACAAAUACCCACAAACACUACAAUGGGAAAGUCAAAGGAGCUCAGCAUGGAUCUGAAAAAGUAAAGCCAGCUAGAUGUCUAGUUUUGAGAGUUUAGCCCCAUGCACCCCGACUCUGACCCAAACGUGACCUCUUUUUAGGCUUCUAGAGGUUGGCACUGAGUGAUGCUGUCCCUAUCUAGUACCUUUUUUACUCACUCCUCUUUUGCUUUUAUCUCAUCUGAGACUAGUGUAUCUACAUUGCCCCCUAAAUCAGAGUCCUGGUUAAUAACCCUUGUCCUCACCAACACUCCCUGCUGGGUUUCCUCUGACCUGGACUUGAAGCAGCCCUGUUUCCUGGCAGUACAAAGCUGCACAUUUUCAACAAGCAGCUACAAUGCUAUAGAUUCAUAAUUCCAAAUCUUCAACAUGUUGAAUUCUUUCUCUACCUCGAGAGAAAAUUAGAAAAAAUGUUUCUGUCUCUCAGUUCAGUCUCUUGCCGGUUGAAAGAUAAUACAGUGAGCAUUAUUAUCCUCUAUUUCUCUGAAAUGGGCCCAUACUUUUGACUAUGGCCCGAACUACAUGAAGGCGGAUAUUUAUUUAUCUGGAUAUUUUUGUACUCCCCUCUAAAUAAAUGUACCUGUCCAUACGUGUUAGUUCAAAAAAAUAUCUGCGUCCACACGUAGCCUUCAAACUCAAUCCUAUCUGGUGCCGCUUAAAAAAACUGACUGGUGGAUGUAAUUGUAUAAAAUAAGGUUCACUUGCAAGGCUGAAAUUAGCCCCAAAAGGGCAAAACAAACGUAAAGAAUACCCUGUAUGUCCGAUAUCGUUGUUGUUAUUGUUUUUGUUUUUAAUGCGCAUGUGUGAGCUGCAGUUUGACGUCAUCGAUCCGUAAAAGUCCGACCACACGAAUCCACUGCGGAUACGGGAUACAGAUAUUUUUUUAUUUCUCCACUUGUUUUUCCGGAUUCAGAUUUAUCCGGUUUGAGUGCUCCAAACUCCCGGUUUGGUGUGGUAGGGAGGCCUAAUCGGACAUAAAUAUGUGCGGUUUGAAAUAUAUCCGCCUUCGUGUAGUUCGGGCCUAUGUCUUAAACUCCAUCAUGACACCUUGUUAAAGAAUCCAGUAGUAUAGUGUAUGAAUAUGGAAAGAGUUAAACAAUGUGGAAUCUGUUUCCAAAUAGUUCUUGAUUUUUUUUAAGGUUGUACAAACUGUGUAUCAUGAAAUCUGACUCCAUAUCAGCUCUAAGAGAUCCUUUUCAUAAAAACAAAAUCAUGUUGGUGAUGAUGAGACCUUCGUAGUGACAACAAAUUAACCCAGUUGAAGGCCCUCCAUGAUUUCAUUUGCAUUGUCUUUUUAUCGGUACAGACCAGAAUACCUGAUUUUGCUGCAGAUUUAUUGGAAAAUAGUGGAAAGAAGGUUUUAAUGUUUUAGAGGAUUUAUGUUAAACAUUAGCUGUGAUUGGCUAAGACAGACCCUCAAACCUUCAGUGCCAAAGUAAGCUGUUUGUCCAUACAUGUGACACACAGUAGGUUAUCCUGUUGUUACAUGCGUAAUCUGACUGGGGUUUGUGCCAUACAGGUGGUCGUAAGACAAAUCUAUGGUAGACUGUCUUUCUUCUGUCAGUCUGUUUUCAGAUAUGUAUGUGUGGAAUGACUUUGUGUUCUCAAAACACUAGCUAAGUUGUAGCUGUACCUGUAACUGAGGGUCUCUUUAGAUUGUUGGAACAUGAGAUGGCAGACUUCUGCUUAUUAACUGUGGGGGUUUUGAAGCCAUUUGCUGUACAUUACUGAAAAGAAAACAUUGGCUAUAGAAAUAAGAGUUUGAAAAUGAUCAGCGGUUGGUUUCCCUAUGCGUGUUUUCCUAAGUCAUAGGUGCAGAAGUCCUGAAGUUUUCCUUUGAUUAAUAGCUUUCAAAUGGAAGUUUUUGUGCUUGUGAUUUUUCCUCACUUAUUUUUAAAGCAUUGUGAAUUAUUAGUAAAUGUUCAGCAUAAAACAGUAACUGAACAUAGUUCUUCAACUCAACAAAAAGGGGUAUAGUUUUUAGUGUAAUAAUACCAUAUACAUGUUGUACAGCACACUAACGAAAUUCAUGCAUGUAUCAUGAGCUCCAUAAUAUUAAUGGUUUCCAAACAGGAAAAUUCUCAUUUCUAAAUGAAUGGGGAAAAAAUGUUCACCACAUUAUGUCUAAGCUUACCUACUUAUUCAUACUGCAGCUAGAAACUCCCUUUGAACACCAGAAUACUCCACAUCUUUUAUGCAUUCUGGCUGUUAAACUUUUUUAAACUGUGAAAAUGUAGAGAGCCAUAAUAACUGUGUUUCAAGUUUUAAUGGACAACUGCCUCUCAAAGAUCAUCAAAGAAACUUCACUCAAAAUUUCAAAAGUUCCCUUCACUUUGAAGUAAAUUCAGCUGUUUUAAAGUCAGUGAUUUUUCAGCCCUUUUUGUUUUUCUCUCAGUGAUAUGCAUUAUAUGAAAAUUAACUUAAUGGGUGAGUCCCUGUUGCUCAAGACCUUGUUAAAAAUAUGUCAGACACCUUCUUGAAAACUAACUCCUAAGUUUACAAAUGUCUCUCCAGGUUUAUUGUAGCUGGUUUAUCGAAACAAAGGGUUGACACCUUUACCACCAUUGCUUUAAAUCAAGUAAAAGAGGAUUUUGCUGGUCUAAAUCUAAACUAAAUCAAAUGCCUCAUCUGUCCCACGAGUGAGACAACAGUAUCUGUUACCAUGGCAACCUCUAUUGCAGUAAAGGACACAACCGACUGAGAUGAGCUUAAUAAAUGCUCUAAGACACACACAUCAUGCAAGACACACUGUUUUUUUACACCCUCAAGCCUUUUGCUGUUAUCAUAGCUUUGGAGUUGGCAUUAACCAGGUAAGUUUAUUAAGUUAGUUAAGACUAUCUGUUGCUCACUUGCUGCUAAUUUUAAACAUCACAAAAAGCUAUUGAUAUUCUUUCCUCUCAAACUGAAUUCAGUUGCGUUUAUGUAGUUCAGCUAAACACUAGUCAUCCACAUCUUGUUUCAGUACAUUUAACACCUUUAACUCAGGUCAAGCUUUUCAGGUUUUAGCUUCUUCCUAAUCCUCAAAAGACCCCUUAAAUACUACACAUAUUUCUUAAAUUACUGUUAUAUCAAACCUUACAUUUAAAUCUUCAACCUUUAUUUUCCUUUGUGACAUAAAAAUGUAACUAUUAGGCUGAACAGUUCUCUGAAGCAUCAAUUCUUUAAUCAAUUUGUUGAGAUUCAUUUCAUUACAUCUUUCAAAGACCACUUAGCUGUACAUAAAUCCUUUUUUAUUACUCUUUCUUUGAACUGACUUUAUUGCAUUUUAUUUCUAAAGUAGUUGUGUUUGUGUGCCUACCAGUCCACAAGACUGCUACUACAAGUGUAUAAUAUAUAAUCACUAUGUUCUUAAGGGGGGCAUUGUGCAUGUUACACCAGGGUGGGCUGGGUCAUUGUGUUCACAUGUAAAGAAUGACAGAAUAUAGCGUGAAGCUCUGAAAGUACUGUGUCAUAGCUUGAAAAGGGAAACAUUUGAAACUGUAAUUUCACAUUUGUUAAGCCGUGAAGGAGGUCGCACUAUAUAUGUCUGUAGUUGAUUGCCCAGCAUGGUGCCAGUGAGGCUGUGUCACAGUAAAAGUUGAACCAGGGUAAGAUUUUUAGUUCAGCUAAUAGUGUCCUUAUACUGGUGCCCCGCUUCACCUAAUCAAGAUUGCUUUGAAUAAAUAAUCUAAAUAAAUUUUGUUGUUGUUGUUUUAUGGAUGCAGCUUUAGUUCCUGUGUGUAUUUUAGCGUCCCUGUGUGUGUUAGAGUGUGUGAAAGGGGAAUGUGGGCUGGCUGGCGGCAUGAUGACUAUCUAAAUGCUGUCUGUUUUGAAUGUAGCCUUGCCCCCUGGCAGUGCAGGGAGCCAGUGUUUGUUGUGACCAGUGCUCAUUGUGUGGAGAUCAAUAAGAUCCCCAAAAUUCACAACACACUGAGGAAGUGACCUAAUCUGACCUAACCCAAUUUAGUCUGGUCCACUGAAGCUUGUUUGGAGCACUGAGUACACAGCAGGCAGGACCAGAUGGAACCAGACUCAACAGAACUAUGUAACACUGUUACUGUUGUAAUAAACCUGGCAGUGUGUGGUUCAACCAUCCUUCUGACAGUUGUGUAUAAUGGUUACCACACUAAAGUAUGAUUUUAUAUUAAAAUGUUGAGCAAGUAUCAGUAAGCUCUAUGAACAGCUACAGAGCCUGAAAGUGUGUAUUUGCAGAGAAACCAGACACAAACACAACUGGGUGAUUGGCCGGCCACACCGCAACGGUGGUUCCUCCACAGUCCACUUCCAAGCUGGCAACAACACUGAACAACACGUUCAGACCCCAAACAAUCCUGUCAGGCAAAAAAAAAACAAAAUCAAAAAAAACAAUCUAUGCACACAGUGCAGAAUGCGUAAGUCAAAAUAUUCCUCUUCAUCGAUUUCCUUAACUUAUUACUAUCAUUAAACUUUCUUAUCAAGUGUAAUCAAGUAUCAGGGAUAUACAAUGCUCUAAUCAUUAUGAAAUGAAUAGAUGCACAUUACAUUACAUCAGGAUAUUUUAGUGCAAAUGAGCAACCAAUCAUGUACUCUUGUUCUGUCAUAUUAAUGUAACACAAUUGAAAUCAUAGAACGUAUCAAAAAUACAAUAUUUCAAAUGAUGCGCUAGAACAGAGAUUUUGCUGCAAGUCUGGUCUCUCUAUAUUAGCUGUAAUUUUUGUAAUUUAUGCUAGAUUUUUUUCAUAUUAUUAUUGUAAUUUUGUCGGCUGCUGAUGGAUACUUCUGCUGGGCGAAGAGUUUACUCAAGAGAAGAGCUCCUUUCAUUGAGGAAAAGCAACUCUGGACAACAACAUACAAUUCCAGAGGACAUCAGGAGGUGUUAUCAUGGUUGCCGUGCUGGUGCAAAGGUGAAGGCAAAGCUGAAUGCUAGGAGGUGGCGAUAUAAACCCUUUCUUCCAUCAAUCAUCAUGGGAAACGUCAACUCUCUGCCCAACAAAAGCGAUGAGCUGGAGAUCUUGGUGAAGACUGAGAAAGCAUACCGUGAGUGCAGUCUCCUGUGUUUUACUGAAACCUGGUUGAAUCAAAACAACUCGGACUCCAGUCUGGAUCUACCUGGCUUCACUCUCAUAAGGUGAGACAGAGAUGCUCAAGCUAGUGGCAAGAAGAAAGGAGGAGGUCUGGCUUUAUUUGUCAACCAGAGAUGGUGUAACCCUUCACACAUAACUGUCAAGGAGAAGUUGUCCAGAUAUUGAACUGUUGGCAGUUGCUCUUCGGCCAUAUUACGUUCCAAGAGAAUUUAGUCAUAUCAUAACAGUAGUUGUUUACAUUCCACCCAAAUCAACUGAAGAAUGUUGCAAUAUUUUGCAAAAUAGUGUUGCCAGGCUACAGACUCAACACCCUGAGGCACUAAUAAUAAUAAUUUCAGGAGACUUCAACCAUGUCGCCCUCUCCUCUCACCUGACUGGAUUCACACAGUUUGUGAACUGUCCUACCAAAGAAAACAAAACCCUGGAUCUGCUGUAUGCCAACGUCAAAGAAGCCUACAGAACCACUGCCUUACUACCACUGGGCAAAUCAGAUCAUAACUUGGUCUAUCUGCAAACCUGUUACAGACCUUGUGUGCUGAGGCAGCCUGUGAUCAAAGUCAAAAUCAGAAGAUGGACACCUCAAGCCAGUGAAGCUCUAAGGGACUGUUUGAAAUCAACAGACUGGAAUGUGCUGCUGAAAACAGAUGUGGAUAGUAUGAACACUGACAAACAGGUUGACUGCUUUACUGAAUAUGUCAACUUCGGUAGAGACACAGAACAAACCCUGGAUCACAAGAGACAUAAAAGCAAUCCUUACCAGAAAAAGAAAGCUUUUAAAGAUGUUGACAAAGAACAACUCAAACAAGUGCAACAAGAGCUGAAGAGGAGACUGAAGAUGACAAAGCUGGAGUACAAAAAGAAGAUACAGAAUAAUCUACAACACAGCAACAUCCGUGAAGUGUGGAGAGGAAUCAGAACCAUCUCUGGACACAGCAGUCAAAAGAAAAAGUGGUCACUCCCACUUCCACUGCUAAUCCACCCUCCUCUCCACAACAAAUCUCCACUACCACUUCACUCCUUCCUCCUCCAUCUCGUUCAAAUGUCCCAACCACUUCAACUCCCUCUCCCUAGAACACCAGUCCUUGUCUGUCACCGAAACAGGGGUGAGGAUGGAGCUUGGAAGACUUUGUCCUGGGAAGGCAGCUGGUCCAGAUGGUGUGUGUUCAAAGCUGCUUAGAGACUGUGCUGCAGAACUGUGUCAACCUCUCCACAGGAUCUUCAACCUGAAUCUACAGCUGGGGCGGGUACCUGCUCUGUGGAAAACCUCCUGCAUUGUGCCAGUACCAAAAACAAAAUGUCCUGCUGAACUCAAUGACUACAGACCAGUGGCCCUCACUUCACACAUCAUGAAAACCCUGGAGCGGCUGAUUCUACGCCUUCUGGGGUAUACAGGACUGUCUCAGAAAAUUAGAAUAUUGUGAUAAAGUUCUUUAUUUUCUGUCAUGCAAUUAAAAAAACAAAAAUGUCAUACAUUCUGGAUUCAUUACACAUUAACUGAAAUAUUGCAAGCCUUUUAUUAUUUAAAUAUUGCUGAUUAUGGCAUACAGCUUAAGAAAACUCAAAUAUCCUAUCUCAAAAAAUUAGAAUGUUUCCUCAGACCAAGUAAAAAAAAAAGGAUUUAUAAGAGCAAAACAAAAUCAAACAUUUGAAAAUGUCAAUUAAUGCACUCAGUACUUGGUUGGGAAUCCUUUUGCACGGAUUACUGCAUCAAUGCGGCGUGGCAUGGAGGCAAUCAGCCUGUGACAUUGCUGAGGUGUUAUGGAUGCCCAGGAUGCUUCAAUAGCGGCCUUGAGCUCAUUUGCAUUGUUGGGUCUGGUGUCUUUCAGCCUCUUCUUCACAAUACCCCACAAAUUCUCUAUGGGGUUCAGGUCAGGGGAGUUGGCAGGCCAAUCAAGGACAGUAAUGCCAUGGUCAGUACACCAGUAACUGGUGGUUUUGGCACUGUGGGCAGGUGCCAGAUCAUGCUGGAAAAUGAAAUCAUCAUCUCCAGAGAGCUUUUCAGCAGAUGGAAGCAUCUAGUGCUCUAAAAUCUCUUGGUACACAGCUGCAUUGACUCUGGACUUGAUGAAACACAGUGGACCAACACCAGCAGCUGACAUGGCUCCCCAAACCAUCACUGACUGUGUGAACUUCACACUGGAUUUCAAGCAACUUGGAUUUUGCUCCUCUCCAGCCUUCCUCCAGACUCUGGCGCCUUGACUUCCAAAUGAAAUACAAAACUUGCUUUCAUCUGAAAAGAGGACUUUGGACCACUCUGCAACUGCCCAGUGCUUCUUUUCCAUAACCCAAGUCAGACGCUUCUUCCGUUGUCUUGAGUUCAGGAGUGGCCAUGGGAAUACGGCUAUUGUAGCCCAUUUCCCGAACACGUCUGUGAACAGUGGCUUUUGAUACCUGGACUCCAGCUUCAGUCCACUGUCUUUGAAGCUCCCCCAAAUUCUGGAAGCGGCUCUUCUUCACAAUGCUGUUAAGGCUGCGGUCCUCUCUCUUGGUUGUGCAGCGUUUCCUGCCACAUUUCCCCCUUCCAACAGACUUUUUGUGAAUGUGCUUUGAAACUGCACUCUGUGAACAGCCUGCUCUUUUAGAAAUUUCUUUUUGUGUCUUACCCUCCUGAUGGAGGGUGUCAAUGAUGGUCCUCUGGACAGCAGUCAGGUCAGCAGUCUUCCCCAUACUUGUGAUUUAGUUUACUGAACCAAGCUGAGUGUUUUUAAAGGCUCAGGAAACCCUUGCAGGUGUUUCAAGUUAAUUAGACAACUCAAGUGAUUAGUUAAAUAGCCUAUUAGUAUACUUUUUCAUGAUAUUCUAAUUUUUUGAGAUAGGAUAUUUGAGUUUUCUUAAGCUGUAUGCCAUAAUCAGCAAUAUUAAAAAAAUUAAAAGGCUUGCAAUAUUUCAGUUGAUGUGUAAUGAAUCCAGAAUGUAUGACAUUUUCAUGUUUUUAGUUGCAUUACAGAAAAUAAAGGACUUUAUCACAAUAUUCUAAUUUUCUGAGACAGUCCUGUAAGGUCAAAGACAAACUGGACUCCCUGCAGUUUACAUACAAAGAACACAUUGGAGUGAAUGAUGCUGUCCUCUACAUGCUUCACUGUGCUCUGUCCCAUCUGGAGGAACCUGGGGUUUAUGUGAGGAUCAUGUUCUUCGACUUUUCAAGUGCAUUCAACACCAUUCAACCCACCAUCCUCAAAGACAAGCUCACAGAGAUGGGAGUGAAUCCUUCCUGUGUUUCCUGGAUCACAGAUUACCUGACAGGAAGGCCACAGUUUGUCAGGCUGAGGAACUGUGUUUCUGGGACAUUAAUGAGCAGUACAGGAGCUCCACAAGGGACAGUGCUGGUGCCAUUCCUGUUCCCUCUGUACAUGUCAGACUUCAAAUACAGUACUGAGUCCUGCCACAUCCAGAAAUACUCAGAUGACACCGCUAUUGUGGCCUGUAUCAGAAAAGGACAAGAAGCUGAAUACAGAGAUCUGAUAAGAGCCUUCAGUGACUGGAGUCACAAAAACUGCCUCCUCCUCAACACCUCAAAGACAAAGGAGAUGGUCAUAGACUUCCAUAGAUCCAAACCCCCUCUUCAGCCAGUGAACACCUGUGGAGUGGACAUUGAAAUGGUGACAUCAUAUAAAUACCUAGGUGUACAUCUGGAUAAUAAGUUGGAUUGGGCUAAGAAUAUAGACUACAUCUACAAAAAGGGGCAGAGCCGCCUCUUUUGCCUGAGAAGACUCUGAUCAAUAGACAUCUGUAGUAGGACGCUGCAGAUGUUUUAUCAGUCUGUGGUGGCAAGUGUUCUGUUCUACGCUGCAGUCUGCUGGAGGGGAAGCAUCACACACAAAGAUGCAAGAUGUCUUAACAAACUGGUGAAAAAGGCUGGCUCUGUGGUAGGACUCAAGCUUUACUGGGUGGAGGAUGUGGUGGAGAGAUCUACACUGAGGAAGGUGGAGACUAUUCUCAAGAACAUGGAUCACCCACUUCACAACACCUUGAUGGACCAAAGGACCGAUGGUGGUGGACAGCGCCUCUCUCUUCGCUGCAGGACAGAAAGAUUUAGAAGAUCUUUUGUACCAACAGCCAUCAUGCUUUAUAUUUCCUCUGUAAAUAAUAGAUAACUUUUAUAGACAUAUUACGUGAGACAACAGACAAUUGAAUUUCCCUUCAAUAAAGUUCUUAUUCUUAUACUCUGUUUCUGCUUUUUAACAUGUUAAACCUACCUGUUAUUAAUCCAUUAAAUGAUAGGAACCAACCAUGUGUGAAAUAUAAGAAUACAUAUAAUAGAUACACUAAGUAAUACAUACAAUACAUCAGUUACAAAGGCAAACACUCCCUCAAUAAACUAGCUAUUAACUCAAACUCAAGCACACUGCACCUUUAAUGGUGUGAAACACUAUCACUACUCUGCCCACAAUGCUAUAACUAUAGCUACAUUAACCAAAGUAGCAGCAAUACAAAAGCAACAGCUGGCUGUUAGCUUAUGAUAACGGUUAGCCCGACGCUAACGCAGUUUAAAUCCAUUGGUCUCUGAUGCCCAUUAAAUGUUUUAAAAAUGGACCACCUAUCAAACGUGUACUACUUUCAUCAUCUUUUUUCUACAUGUCACUGUGGGAGCAUUUAGGAACUGCAGAGACAAGUUGUAGUAGUUUUGAAAGUAGAAUGUUUUCCCAUUCUGCUGAUGCUGGGAUUCAUUUGCUAAAGAGUUUGGGUUCUCCAUAGUGUGUUGAAUCAUUUUCAGUGGUGAUCAAGUCAAGACUAUAGGCAGGACAGUUAAAGGUGGGAUAGGCAGGAUUCCGUUAAGAACAUUUUAACAUUUUGAAUCUUUUAACAUCAGUCAAUAGGUAUUACUUAUUGAUGACAUUUGGGAACAUAAUGAUAUCGCUGUGUUUUGUUAUGUCUGUGUAGUCAAUAUUUAAAAAUUUUUGAGCGGCCUGCUCUUUCUGACUGUAAACAAAGCCAUUCUCUGCCUCCCCCAAACUGGUUGGUUGUGAGGCAGACGCUGCUUCCUCAUGUUGUGAGGCAUGCUCCACGUCCUUGAAUAACGUUCAGAAGCCCAAACAAAGUUAGCGUGCUACAAUAUCGGACAGUAGAAAACAACCAGAAAGUACGGAAGUUGUCUGAAUUCUCCUCUGGCCUUGAGUGCCAACAUAAGCAAGAAAACAAAGUAAAUACCGGAGACUCUGGUGGAAUAACGGGGCAUUUAAAAAGAGGUAGACCACCCAGACAAGAGCUAAAAAGCUGUGUCAAAUUCAAUGAAGUAUAAAUGCUUUGGGGACGCUUCGGGAUCCUAUGGACCCUGUAACCUUUCUGUUGGACAGGUAAACCGCUUUAACAAAGUAAGCCAAGUGUCUGUAACAGAAGUGUUUCUUGUCAAACGGGACCUGCUGUAGCGUGUUGACCUCGGGUCCUGGAGUAUGUCACUUUAUCGUAGUUGUAGAAGUCCUGCAAACAUUGUGUUUGCUGGUAGUCUGUUGGCAUCUACAGUAGCACCAACGCUGUUUACUUUCACGUUGACUGGGCUCCAUUUGUAAUUAUCUGAAGUAUUUAUCUGCAUUAUAUCUGAAUUUAAUUAGAACAAUACGAGCGAGCAGGAGCGUCUGUUUGUGACUUCUAAUUUUGGACUGCUACCUCUGCACACCCAGUGUGUGUGUGAUCUAGCAACUAUGCCAAACUCCUUUAAUGGCAUCCCACAUCAAUGAUUUCUGAAAGAAAUUUCAAGUUUUCUCUCACCAAACCACUGUACAAAUGUUCUUUUCUCCAGCUUACUUAAUCUCAGAAAAGCAUGUUUGCCCUGAAGGAGAUGGCCUUUCCAGAUCUGGUUCAUAUACUGUUUCCUCUUAACAUGGUAGAGUCAAAAUUAGCAUUUGUGGGUGAAGUGUGUUCACAGACAGUGGUGUCUCGAAGUGUCACUGAGCUGAUGCAGUGCUGUCCAGCACACACUGGGAUUUUUGUACAGUGCUGUCUGAGGUCCUGAACAUCACAUCCAUUCAAUAUAGAUUUCCGGUUUGUCCCCAGGGUACAUAAAUCUGACUCGUUUCUAGGGUUGGGUAUCGAGAAUCGAGUAUCGAUGGGGACCGGGACUAACAUUUCAAUUCUUCCGGUAUCGUUCAAAUAUUAAAAUUUCGAUUCCAAGUUUCAAUGCCGGAGUCCGCCGACCGGAAGAAAUAGCGGCCGAAAAUCAACGAAGAAGAAGCCGCUUAACACCAACGAGGACGGAGCGUAUGAGACGAAGCCACACAGAAAGUGAAGAGAGACAGAGAGAGAAAGUACAUUGUAACCCACAGCAAUGCAGCCGCUGUGGGUUACAAUCUCUCUCUGUCUCUCUCCUCUCAUGUGUGACUUCGUCUCAUACGCUCCGUCCUCGUUGGUGUUCGGCAGCUUCUUCUUCAUUGGUCAAAAGUUUGGCUAACUUUAGCAGGAAGAAUGAACUCUUAUCUCAAUGCAACAUUAACAAUACAGUUAUAUCAUGCAAAGGAGGGUAAACGACCAACAUGAUUAAACACCUCAGGAUUCAUGGAGGAGAAAUACCCGAGUGCUCGUCUUUGACGCGCUUCGCCGGUGUUGUGCCAGAGAAUGCACCCCUGCUGUUGAAUGCACACCUGACGGGAGCGCGGUUGAAAGUACACAACAAGGCGAAACAAUCAAAGUUUUUCUUACCGUUGGACGGAAUCUAAAGCGUGUGCCUUUAAUGAUUUCAUUCAGACUAUUCAGAUAUGCCGAAAACAACAGCCCUCUGCUUCUGAAUAUUUACUGUCCUGAAAAUAUAAUGUUCUCUACAUUAACAGCUUACUCUACAGUCUAUAUACCCAAGUACACCUUUAUGUGUGCAUUUUUUAGACACAUGAAAACAAAACGAAAGUUUACUGCUCCAUUUGACAUGUUUUCAUGAUCUAAUACUCAUGUUUUUUUAAAAUAUGAGAUCAUUGUCUUCCACUUUAAGAAGCUAAUGAGUGGAGAGGAGGCAUUCUACGGCAGGGGUGCAUUCUACAGCACAACACCUGUCUUCCGCUAACCAGUCAGGAUCAGAUAAGUGAAACAAUAAAUGACUUCUGUCCUCUGCUAACUUUGAAACGGUAAACAAAUUGUACUGUGUAUGGUGAGUAAACUUAAAUAUCCAACUAACUUUAGCCCUUGUACUUUUUCAUAGACAAAUGACCUGACAACAAAAAUUGAUAUUUAUAUACUGGUUGAAAAUAGCCCUGUGAGAAAUUCAUAGUAAAGUUCUUAAAAAGUUAAUAUGAUUUAAAAAUUCAUGGAGAAGUUCAGAAAUUUCAUCCAAAAAGAAGAGCUCCGGUUAGCGCCCUCAUCCAACCUUUGCUUUUUUAUUUUUAUUUUUUGAUAUCCUGCCUUUUAAAAGAAUCGAAAUAGAGAAUCGAUAGGAAUCGGAAUCGAAAUCGGAUUCUAAAUCGUUCAAAAUCAAAGGAUACCCAACCCUACUCGUUUCUCUGUCUACUUAAUGGUGCUGUGCACUGUUGAGAAUGAGAUCAGGGUUUCCCCUACAUGUAAUUAGUUGUGGCGCACCGCCACAGUGAAAUAAAAGCCGCCAAAGUUCUAAAUCGAACAAAGCUGGAACAAAUAUGACAUAGAGUAAAUAUGCUCCAGUUUCCAGGGUUGUACCCCAUUAUUUACUGCAUACCUGCCAACACUCCCGUUUUUCUAUAUUUCAGACCUAUCUCCUGCCCACCUCCUAACCCAAAUGUUGGCAGGUAUGAUUUACUGUCCCCUCUAGUAUAUGCACCAGUAUUGUUAAAGGGUUGUUGCUUUUCAGUGAAUAUCUUUGAUUUGUCUGCAGUUGUACAUCACUGUUAAUUUAGAGAUGUUUCAGUGAAAGUAAACAGUGUUAUUUAUGUUGCUGUCACCUCCCCCAUUCCUUUCACAUAGACCAAGGCAGACAGCACCAGAAUACAGCAGACCAAAUGUGCUGCAUCACACACACACACACACACACAUCACACACACAUCACACACACAUCACACACACACAUGGAGAGAGGGAGAGAGAGAGAGACCACCACCACAGGUUCCUGAAACAUUUGUCUUCUUUUGCAAAAUGCAAAAAUCAUCAAUGGCAGAAUGAAGCUAAGCUUGUGCAGUUCUCUGUGUGUUCAUAAGAGACAGGUCAAUACAAAAGUCCUUACCUUUGGACAUACUGCUUUAUAUAUCACCAACUGCCUUUGUUUCCUGCUUAUUUUUAUGCUUUCUGCUGACAAGCCAUUGAUUUCAUUUGUCCCCGCCCCCUUUGUUCUGAUGGGUUCCAUCAAAUACAACUUUCACUUGAGAGUGUGGUUGGGAAACUAAUGGCACGUAAUGGAUAUAAUGGAUUGUGCUUUCAGUCUGCCUUUUAUCUAUGACAAAUAUUGCCUGUGAACACACACUCACUCAGUGAUGAAAAUCUAAGCUGCUCCUUUUCUUUAAAUUUCUGUACUUUUGUUGCCUGGAAAACAAUGAGGUGUCUUGCAAAUCUGUCCUUAAAUGAUUAUUGAUUGUCUUUUUAUCAAGGGAUUUGGCGGGAAUGCAUCAAAAUAAGUUGCUAUAGUCUGGUGUAGUGCUUGAAUAAAUAAAACUGUUAAUUAGUUACAUAAAUGUAUUAGGUAAGUAUAAAGGUCAAAAGAGGGAUCAGUAAAAAUGCUCAAGCGUUAAAAUGGCAUUUGUGUAGUCAAAAGAUGUUUGUGACAUUUGCAGAAACUAUAUGUUUGUUGUUGAGAUGAGACUCAGGUGACUGCGUUUUUUUUUUGUUUGUUUGUUUUUAACAGUUUUGUUUAUUGAAGGCAAUAGGUUUGCAGUAACUAUGAGUUGCAGUGUUGCACCAACAAACACACAAUUAAACAAAAAACAAAAACAAACAACAUUGGUACAGGGCAGUCAGUUCGGUCAUUCUAUGGCUCACGGCUGUGAGUAUGCAUAACAGUCUCAGUCCUUAAAGCGGAAUAAAAAAGGUAAGACAAAAGAAGAAACACUAAAGACAUACAGACUUCAAUACAAUAAUUACAGGUUUUAGUUGAUAAACAGAGGCCAGCAGCAGGACAGAGCAGGAUCUUAUUCAGGAACAAUUGGGAAAAUGGUGUUUUCUAAAUAUUAUUGAAACGACCCCACAACUUUCUGAAUUGUGGUUUUGUAUUUCUGAAAUGGUUUAGACUUGUCAUUUGAUUGCGGGAACAUCAGAAAUUCAUGCUCGGAAAGGUCAUAAAGGAACUCUUAGCUUGCUGUUGCUCCCCAGCAGACUGCAGCAUAGAAUAGAAUACUGUAGACACCACAGACUGAUAAAACAUCUCCAGCAUCUACAAAACCCAAUUCCAUUGAAGUUGGAAAAUUGUGAUAAAAGUAAAUAAAAACAGAAUACAAUGAUUUUACACCACCACUUUUUUUAUGGCAUUUAAAUUGUGUAUAUUGUAGAAAGCUUUAUUUUUUCUUCUCCCUUUUCUAAUUUUUUUCUUAAUUAUUACAUUUAUUUAAGUUCUUAAUAUUAGGACCCUUAUUGUUAUAACUGCAUUUUUGCACUUUUUGGCUUGUCUGUGAUGCUGCUGUGACAAAAAAAUUUCCCCCAUGGGGGAUCAAUAAAGGAAUAUUCUAUUCUAUUCUACUAUCAAUAGAGCUUUAUUAUGAAUCACAGUUUAUAUCGCACCACUAAAGUGGAACGAACCAACACGAUCUCAUUCAGCCAAUACAGCCUAAUUGUAGGCUAAGCUAAUGUGUAUUCAUGGCACUUCCUGAACGCAGGGUGAUGGGGUGGGGAAGGAUGGGGAGGCCUGUCACUCAUGGCAGACCGCGCCCCUCUCAGUCGAGGCCCGCCCCCACUGAAAAACAGGCUCAAAAGUGAACCUGAAACUUUUCAAGUUGAAUCUGAAAAAAGAUCUGAAUCUGAAAAAAAAAAAUCUGAAACCGAAAAAAAAGUUUUGAAUCUGUAAAAAUAAGAUCUGAAUCUGAAAUAAAUAAAUAAAAUUCAAUCGGGAAAAAAAAGUACUCAAAGAUCGAAAUAUACAUUGAAGUGAAAAAUAGAAAUAAGUAAUUUAUUCAAAAGUAUUAAAAAACAGAAUCAAAGUUACAUUUGAACAGAUUUUUUUCAUGCAUUCUGGUGUUUUUUCAAAGUUCAAUUUUGAAAUUCAAGACUUUCAGGUACCAUUUUAUUUUUUUCAGGUUCAAAUCUUAUUUUUUCACUUCACUUUUUAUUUUUUCACUUACACUACUUUUUCAAUACUAUUGAGCCUGAUCUGGCUCCAUAGACUGCACUCAUGGUAUGCUUUCUCAGUUGUCACUAAUAUCUCCAGCUUGUCACUUUUGUUGGGCAGAGUUGACGUUUCCCGUGAUGACUGAGUAUCACAUUGUCCAGUAUCCAGUAUUAAACACAGCUGGGUUAUGAAUAAGGAAGUAGACCUUUUUGCUGGCAUAAUGCAUGUGUAGUGUUUAAAAUUAUGGAGUUGUGUUAAUUGAACUUUUACAUAGAGUGAUGUUAUUUUUCAGGGUUAAAGGCCUGCUACCUUCAACAUGCAGGCAAUUUGCUGAAUCAUGGCUGGCAUUCUUGUGGCUAACACACUGUCCAGUCAGCUCCAGGAAUCUCUCUCUCCUUCUCACACACACACACACACACACACACACACACACACACACACACACUCUCUCUCAGAUGAAAUGUUGUGGAUGACUCUGCUUAAUCUAUUGGAAUUUCCACUUUUUUAAUUGUCUUUUUGUAAUGUAACAAAGCAUUAAUGUCAUUGUAGACAUUUACCCGCUAUAUCAGUAUGCAUGCAUGAUGCAUGAUAUUAUUAGCGUAAGAUCUGUAUUAAAGUUGAGGUUGAGGCAGGAUCUGAGUAAGUAUCAGUUUUGGGGCGAAAAUUUGAAUGUAAACACUACCCCUCCCUUUCACUUUUUCCCCAGCUCCUCCUCUCCCCUCCCUCCCUAUUCCAGUGAGCCCGCCCAUAAACAGACGCUUGUACUCACUUGUAUCGUUCCAAUUCACCUGUAAUUUACUAGCAGAAUACCUGAAGACUUCGACCAUGUCUGAUUCUGAGGUAAGAGCACUUUCAGUGAUACUAAAGUUAAAUUUUUACUAUUACAUACAACUAACCGUGACAUGUUGUAUUAUUCUUAAGUAUAAUUUGCCAAAAUGACAGAAAACGGAGCUCAGCUAGCUUACUGUAUACCAGCUGAGCUAGUGAGCAUUAGCUCUUUCUACCGACUUUAGAGUUAGCCAUAGCAGCUAGCUUCCUGCAUACAGGUUACAAAAGCAGACUGUGGCAAAUUAUAAACAACUCUCUCUGGUGCUUUUUUCAGAAAGAUAGCACUGACUGUUAGGAUGAAUACACCCCAGCAAGUUGAGGUAGAGAGGGUUCCAGAGGCAGGCCACCACAAGCCGGGCAGCAAAGCUUUGGGCCGGGCAGAGGCAGAGACUGGGGGAGAGGUCAACGAAUAGACCAGGGUCCCUGUGCCUUGGCACUAGAGGAUCUUACCCAUGUAGAGGGAAUCAAGCUCAGAGACUGGCAGAUGAUCAGGUAUGCAUGACUAAUACGAUAGUUUCACUGACAUAAAAUGAGGUAUGCCAUUUCUGGAAAUGUAUGAUUGUAGUGAAUUUUCCGAUUUACAUCCGAUUUUACAUUCCCCAGCCUGGGUUAGAAGCCUGAACCUGGAGGAGCCGAAGUAACUUCCCACAUAUGGAUAGACAGGCUGCCUAGAAGGGUCUGGAACAACAUUGGAGUUACUGCAGACUGCCCUGACCCUGGAGAAAGCAACAAGUAGUCCUGGUUUGCCACAUAUAGACAUUGUGAUCUGGCAAUAUGGAGACAGGGGCUCAGAGCAGUGAUUCACGGGUCUUGUGUCCGGAGAAUAUUGAAGUGCUUUUUUAAAAGGCUAUUUAUCUAUAUGUAAAUGCUGUUUUAUACAUGUGUUUUUUAUUGUACUAUUGUUAUUAUAAAAUUGUUUUCUAAUAAAUUAGAAAAGGUAUAUGUGUUUCAUUACCAAUCACAUCAGCAAAGACUAAACAACAACAGUAAUGGUGCAUAAAAGAUGACACAAGAUAAAAUAGGAUAAGCAUAAUAAGAUAACAUAAAUUUAUUGAAAUAAUAAUAUCCAAACAAUAAGUCCACUUGGUCAGAUGUACAUCUUGUGGGGCCUUUAUGGUGUACAAACUGAUGAAGAUAUUGUCUAAAACAUCUGUUCUACUUAUUUCAUCUGUAAACUUUCCAAGCUGUUUCAUAAGUCAACAAAAUUCCGAUAUACUGGGUUUUUUUUUAAACAGCAAUGGUGCUUCUGUAUAAAAACAUAUAUAAUGCAGGCAAAUACUUGAGAUAAUUAGAAAUGGGGCCCAAUCAAUAUGAAAGUAAAAAGCAUUGGUACUGCUGUAGAUGCCAAAAGACUACCAGCAAACACAAUGUUUGAAGGAUGUCUACAACGAGGAUAAACUGGCAUACUCCAGGAACCGAGGUCAACAGUUUGGCGCUACAACACGCAGCAGGUCCCGUUUGACAAGAAACACUUCUGUUACAGGUACUUAACAGAAGAACAGACACUAGUGCUAUUUACAUUUGUGUUACAGACAUAAAUGUAUAUAGCACCAGUGCUAAUAUAGCAGCAUGCUAACGGGCUACCUACGAACACAAUGCUUUUACCUACUGUGCAACUUAAACGUGACACAUUAUAGGACAAAAGGUAAAAUAAACUUAGUGGUUUACUUGUCCAGCAGAAAGGUUAUAGGGUCCCUUAGACCACGAAGCAUCCCCCAUCAAUCAAGCUUCACUGAUGUUCCCCAGCUUUUUACCUUUAGUCUGGUCUACCUCCUUUUCAAGCACCUGUUGUUCUGCCAGAGUCUGCGGUAAUCACUUUGUUUUCUUGCUUGUGUUGGCAGUCAUGACCAAAGGAGGAUUCAGACUUUUUUUCUGUACUUUCUGGCUGGUUUCUACUGUCUGAUAUUGUUGCACACUAACUGUUUGGGCUCACUUUUUUUAAAUUAGUUAAUUCAUUCAUUCAUUCAUUCAUUUUUUGUUUAUUGUCAAUUAAAUGCAGUUGACAGACAUAUUACAACCAUAUGGGGUGAGGGGGUUACAGAUGAAAAUAGGUUGAUGUAAAACACAUUAUUCCAGUAUAACCUAACAUUGGGAGUACUGAUGUUUUCUUUUUUGAAAUAGUGUAUGUACAGUACAGUUGUUUUUUGCUAAGAGGUAGAUUCGACCAACCUCUGUCUGUACAGGCUUCAGAGGUAAGGGGUCAAUCUUGGGCAACAUAACAUUUUUCAAUAGCAUAAUCACACCAGAGGGUAUUGGAUCAAAUACUAUUGCAUAUUCUUUUGGAGGAAUAGAAAGUGUAUAUUUAUUUAAAAUUCUGAAUAUGAUAAUAAUGUGCUGUUAAAUUUGAACAGCUGACUAGAGUUAUGCCAUUGGUGAACUAGUUCUUUAGGAAAAGUGAUUUGCAUUUGUAUAGUAUGUCCCCAUUAUUCCAAAUAUGAUAUCUGUGGGGGGUGAAGUUAUAUUUAUAAACCAGAGACCAGGAAACAGAGUAUCUGUUUAUGAAAGUUGGCUUGUUUUGUGGGAAGGUUUUCAAUAUUGAAGGUGCAGAGUAACAAAAAAUGAAGGAAAAUACAUAGUUGGGAAUAAAGUUCCAGAUUGAUGUUGGGUUUCUAAUCAAUUGUCUGAUCCAGUUGAUUUUGAAUGUGUUAUGAAUGAGAGUGGAAAAGUCAAGAAAACUAAAAACUGCAUUUUCAUGAGGAUUCAUUAAAGUAGAUAUUUUGAUAUAGUUUUGUUUUUCCACACUAAGUUUUAGAGAAUUUUAUCAUUAGCUGAGGUGGUCCAUUUAUUUACAUCCAGAGAUAUUGCUGUAUAUGUAAGCAGAGAUAAGCCCUCUGCUUUAGAUUGAAGAAUUCUGCCCUAAAGGGAUAGAUCUCUCCGGAGCCAAGAGUUAAAUUUUUUCAUUUUUUUCUAUGAUUUGGGUAAAGUUCAGAGAGUAUCUGUUGCCUAUGUUUCUGUUGAUGAUGAUUCCCAAAUAGGUGACUGACUCUUUUACAUGCAGGUAUGUUGGAAGUUGAAGUAAUACUACAGUUUUUUGAUUGGUAGCAGUUUGCACUUACUUAGAUUCAGGUGAGUUUCGGAUGCUCUAGAGAAAAAGUUAAAUUAAUAGCAGAAAUCGGUGAGGCAAUUUUUAAAAAUUAGGAAGCGUCAUCUGCCAGUUGACUGACGACGACUUCCCUGUCUGCUAUAGAUAUCCCUUUUUAUGGGGCUCUGCAUGAUAAGGUCACAGGGCAACUGAGCACAUAUCAAAAAUAAGUAUGGUGACACAGGACAACCCUGCCUGAUUCCACAACUUGAAUCAAAAUGUGGACAAGUACCUGUCUGCAUUUUAAUUGAGCAGUUUACUUUCUUGUACAUAGUUUCAAUUGCUGAACAAAAGUACUUACCAAAUCCAAAUUUCUAUAAUGCCUAAGACAUAAAUUUGUGUUCAAUGGUAUCGAGUCUGAUGCUGUUGAGUAUAUGUCUGCCCUUUAGAAAUCCUGUUUGCAUUUAAUUAAUAAUGUAAUUCAAUACUACUUUAAGUCUUUCGCUAAAAAAUUCCAGCUAUUAUUGCGAUUAUAUUAUAUAACUAUUAUAUAGCAUUAUUGAGGAGACAUAAACGUCGAUGCAGAGUGGGUCCUGACUAGGCUAAGGAAUAAGUGUUAAAAGCGGGAGAAGGAGUUUGGUUUUGGAUCUUUCGGCGAAUACACUAUGGAGGAAGGGGGUUAGUUUAUCAGCAAAUGUUAGGAAGAAUUUAGAUGUUAAGCCAUCAGUUCCAGAAGAUUUGUUUAAGUUGCUGAAUGGCAGAACUUGCUUGUCACAGAUGUCCCUCUGGUCAUUAUUAAUAAAUUUUAACUGAGAAAGACAUCCAAAACAGUAAUCUGAACAGUGAUUGUAUACCUUUUGUGGAUCAUGUGGAUAUUGUUUUUAAUAGCAGUUCGCUUUGCUGCACGACUUUUCCACUCUAAAGAAAUACACUGUGUUUUGCUCCCCUUCCUCCAGCCAUUGUUUUCUGAAUCUCACAUAAGCUCCUUCUGCUUUAACUCUGUAGAUUUCAUCUAGCUGCUGCUCAGUUAAUUCUUGUUUGGUAAUGGUAAUGCAAAGAAGAGCAAAACAACCCUCCUUUAACAUCACAAAUUAAAUUGUGGAUCUCAAGAAACUUAAUUUAGAGCACUAAAAGCUUCUGAAACAUAGGCAUGAAAUAGCAUAAUUGAAAACUUGUCAGUGGUAUGUAAGAAUAUGGAUAAUAAUAAUAAGAAGAACCUUAUUUUAUCCCUGAAGGGAAAUUCAACUGUCUGUUGUCUCACUUGUCAUGUCUACUAUUUAUAGAAGAAUUGUAAAGUCUGAUGGCUGUGGGUGCAAAAGGUCUUCUGAAUCUUUCUGGCCUAUAGAAAAGAGAGAGGAGCCGUCCACCACCAUUCGCCCUUUGGUCCAUCAAGGUGUUGUGAAGUGGGUGAUCCAUGUUCUUUAGAAUAGUCUCCACCUUCCUCAGUGUAGAUCUCUCCACCACAUCCUCCACCCAGUAAAGCUCGAGUCCAACCACAGAGCCAGCCUUUUUCACCAGUUUAUUCAGAUGUCUUGCAUCUUUGUGUUUGAUGCUUCCUCCCCAGCAGACUGCAGCGUAGAACAGAACACUGUAGAUCUACACCACAGACUGAUAAAACAUCUGCAGCGUCCUACUACAGAUGUCUAUUGAUCGGAGUCUUCUCAGACAAAAGAGGCGGUUCUGCCCCUUUCUGUAGAUGAAGUCUAUAAUCUUAGACCAAUCCAACUUAUUAUCCAGAUGUACACCUAGAUAUUUAUAUGAUGUCACCACUUCGAUGUCCACCCCACAGUGGCUGAAGAGGGGGUUUGGAUCUAUGGAAGUCUAUGACCAUCUCCUUUGUCUUUGAGGUGUUGAGGAGGAGGCAGUUUUUGUGACUCCAGUCACUGAAGGCUCUUAUUAGAUCUCUGGAUUCAGCUUCUUGUCCUUUUCUGAUACAGGCCACAAUAGCGGUGUCAUCUGAGUAUUUCUGGAUGUGGCAGGACUCAGGGCUGUAUUUGAAGUCUGACAUACAGUGUGAACAGGAAUGGUGCCAGCACAGCAAAGAAAUGUGGCAGGGACUAUCCAAAGUUAAAGGAGUGGGUAGAACCAUUGAAUUUGGUGGUCUUUUGCCUAUCAGCAUAGUGGAAGAUUAGGGCUUUCACAGGCUAACGGAUUGGUUUGGGGUUCUGUUUCGGUAAUGGGAAAAAUCAGUCUGAAAAGAUCUGCAUGUCAGAUACUGGCAAAAAUCUGUCAUUGUGCAUCCUUACCACUCUUCUACAAUUGCGCACAUUGCUGAAAGCAUGGAAAGACUGAAUCAUUUAAGGGAGAAGAAAGACACCAUUCACCGUGAAGGCGUUUAAAAAAUUCAGCAAGAUACCCUCAGAAAUGCGCUGAGGGACAGAACUCUGCAGACAAAAUUUGAUCAUAACAGAUUUCAAAUGAUAACAGGUCUUGCUAUAUUAGAACAUUUACUUUUAGAGGAAUUUCUAAACAGGAGCUGAUAAGAAUCAUGUUAUGCAUUUAAAAAGGGAGUUUGCUGAGCCUCAUCCUGGCCACUCAGGAGCACAAGCUGGGGGACAAGGCAUUGUUGUUUCAGACUGCUUCUCAAAAAGUAGGAGCUGUCUGUGUGUCCCGCUGUCCUACUGAGGUGUCACACCAAUGUUUAUUUGCUUUGCUCGGGUCAUUAAUGUCCAACAGUCCCUGUACUUGGCCGUGAUGACAUGAGAGCUCCAUCCAGUGAGUGUCUUUUCCCAUAGGGUCCAAUAUUUAUUCUUGCUUUGUGUGAGCUAAUCCUCUUUUCUAUAUUUUGUGGCUGAAUGAGGUAGGCUACUGGAGGGAGGGGAACAUUUUGUUUUUUACUCCUCUUGUUCCCUCAGUGGUCUAGCCAACUGCUUUGUAUUAGCAUGAAUAAAGCAAAAACAUUUUGCCCUUAUUCGUGUGCAUAUCUGGCAUUCAGCCCUUUAUUGGACUAGUUUUUCUAAAUGAUAAAUUGAAUUUAACAUAACUCGGCAGAAAUAAAAUAUUCAUCAUAGUAAUCAAAUUUAACAAUAAAGAUAACUCGGAUGCAUGGUUGUCGGUCUGUGUUUUAUGGAGUUGCAUGCAGAGAUGUCCCUCUUUGUUUCUUCACCUGAAAGCUUGCUUUUACUUUGAAACUGUUCUGAAUCCAUGCUGCUCUUCAACCAUGGUCAGCCCUCUUAAUAGUGCUGCACUGCCACCUGAUGGAUGGAUGGAACAGCCCACAUAAACCAGACUCACAUUUUUUAGAAUGUCUACGGGUCAUGUGAUAGCUACAGUGAGCCCUCGAAGUACCAAAUACUGUGUUUCAUAGCAAUGGCUUCGUUACUGCUACUGUGAGUGCGUCUUUAGGUAAGUGGGUCUUGCAGAAUAACCAAAAUCUGGUUGACAGUACAGGGUUGAGUUUCUAUUAUAAGAAUAUAUACUUAGUUGCCUCCAGUUAAGCAAGUUGUAAAGUGUCUGCUCGGCAUUGGAACAAUUAUUUUUGCUUAGUGUUAGCUGUUUCUGAAUCGUUUCACAUUUACUGUGUUUUAGUGUAUAUGGUGUCCUGAUGUGUUUUGCGCAAUCAUAAUGUUGCUGUUUUUUCACUCAGCCAUUUCAAUAACUUUCAGUCUCUCUUUUCAAACUAAACUUCAGUGCUUCGAGUCUUAAGCAUUCAUAUGCUUCACUGACUGUGACUUGAGGAUCCGUCGUAUGAAGAGUUUUUGAGGUGCCAAAACAGGACCUCAUAUUUAUGGAUGGAAAAUGUUGUGGCAUUUCCCUUUCACAUUUAGUCACCAGGAGGCUUAAACCAUAGGUCCUAAUCAUUUCAGCAGUGACUCCACCCUGUCACAGAAUAAUACCUCUGGGGCCGAGAGGCAAACAGAGCAGAGCAAAUUUGGUUUCUAGUACCCAGCAGACACGAGUUGUUUCCAGGUCCAUUAUGUUUUAGUACUGAACAAACUGGUUGUUGGUGGAAAAAAAGACCCUUUAAUAACUGCAAAUUCAAUGACUUCAUUUGUGUUUGGGGGCACCCUCAAGUCGAGAUGAACUCGCAUAGUUGACAGUUCUUGUGCAUGAUAGUAAACUGAAUCAUUAUUGUGCCACUUACUCUGGAAUGAUUUCUUGCAUGAUGGAUUGUUGCACUACAUCUUGUGUUCCAUACUUUAGUGUUAAGCCUGUUUAAAUUUUAGCACAAUAUAAGGACAGCUGUGAUUUUUUAAGGCACAUUAUGGGUGUUAUUGAGCAUGAAACCAGUUAAGAAAUAUGUUAGUAAGGGCCAGGAGAUCCUUUGAAGGAGGCUAAUGCAAGUGAAAGCAAAUUUGAUGAACUUUUAGGUGACUUCAACACAAUGGGGCACUGAAUAAAACGAAUGAAAAUUCAUUGGUCUUCCAUCACAGGGAGGAGGUAAAAAGCCUGCAGAGUUAAUGGGCAGAAGAACAGCAGGGACUCCUCUGCUUUGUUUUGUUGUUUUUGUCAGCUGUAACUUUGUCACAUGAACAAUAUUACAGUAAGACAUAUUAGACAUGCAUUAGGAACAGCUGAUAUUAUUCUGGAAGAUAUUAGAAAGUUUGCAGGCAAUAUCCAUGAAACAAAACUACUGAUAUUUGUUUAAUUUGGAGGAAGGCACCAGUGGUUUCAGUAUCCAUCACUAGAUGGCAGUGUCUACCAGCUUGGGUCUCAAUGCAUUAUGGGCUGUUUAAGUGCAAAUUGGAAGUCUCUGCUACAAUACAGCAACCCCAAUGUAGAAAAAUCCAAAUCUUAAAGAAGUCCGUAAGCCAAAUCAGGAAAAUAAACCUGCAUCUGCCAGAAAAUUGAGGAGUUAAUGAGAUUUAAUGAGAGUUACUGUUUUUACGACAACAGUUCAGCGUAGCUCUUACUUUUAUUUCUGUGAUAAUGUCUUUUUAAAAUAUUUAAAAAGAAAUUAGGGAAGUGUAGGCACUAAAAGUAAAGUUUAUCACUUACUUAAUGUCCCAACAACGUUUUAACUGGAACCUGUGCAGACAGUGAUGCUCAGUUUCUUUUUUGAUCACUCCAAAAUAUACCUCAACAAAGGACACUACAACCUGGAAGCCUUAAUGACUAUCAAGAAAUAUCUGACUGCCCUGUCGCCCAUCGGACAAAUCAGUCUUUUGGUGGACUAGUUCCACAAUGCUGGAUAACUGAAUAAAAAAGUUUCCUCUUAUAGUCUGUUCAAACUGCUGCAAGGACCUGCCCAAAUUUGAUGUGGUCACUCAAUAUAUAUACAGAUAAAUGUUACGGGUAAACAGGGUGUAAUCCCUGGAACACUGAAUUCCAUUGAUACAUUGAUGGCUUUCUAAUCGUUAAAAAAUCUCACUUGAUAAAGACAUCCAGAAGUAUCUGAUAUUGAAUCUGAAGGAGGUUGUUGUUUAUUUUGAGGCUGCUCAAAGCCACUGAGUUAACAGCUUCCUCGCUGUUUUUUACUUACAACAAAAAUUUUGUAUAAAUUGCAAACAAACUUAUUUGAAGGGGUUUAAAUGACUGUCAGUGGGCUGUUGAAAGUGUUUUCCUCCUCUGUACCUGUAGAUAGUAGUGUUGAUUGCUGUGUUUGUUAUGAGUGGACUGAAAGGUUGUAUCAGAGCCACAUGUGAGCAUGCCAUUAUUAGGGCCUGAGCUGAUGCAGCAAGCCCCUCUACAUGGGCUCAAAAACUCAUGAAAUUUGGCAGGCGGAUUGGGCCCAUAUUUUACGGAGACCUCAGAUGAAUCCAUCACCGACUGCAGCGGGGUGAUGCAGCGCAAGGAUGAAAAAAAAAGAUCAUUUCUUCAUGGAAAUGUGAUCACACCGCGACACUAAGGCAGAAGAGCUACCGUGUCUGCAGUGCAAAGUGAUUAAUAUGAUGAUUAUUACUUCAAGGAAAUGAUAAAGUAAUGAUCAUAAAUGUUCUUCCUUGAGCUGCGCUGCAGUCGGUGAUGGACUUGAGGUUUCCAUUCAAACAAGCAGCUGCUGGAAGAGAGUAGGUGAGUUGUGUUUAGUCUCUUUGCUAAAGAAAUCAGUCAAAGCUAAAAGGAUGUUUGGUGGUUAGUACUAUGUCUGUGACCCUAUAUGUCCUGUUGAUGAAGUUAGGUGCUGUUCUGAGCAUCAUUUGUGGCUAUGGAGUGGCUUUUUGGUUGAGCGUGUGACCACUGUGUGUUUCUAUCCUGUGGUCAUUACUAAAGUUGGUAUAACUAGAGAAGCAAGCGGUCGACGACAUUCAUCUCUUAAACUUGGUGUUUUGGUGUAUUUGACCCUAACUUAAUUUUACGGGGGGGGGGGGGGGGGGGGGGUGUGAGCCAGCCUUUUUCACCAGUUUGUUAAGACAUCUUGCAUCUUUGUGUGUGAUGCUUCCUCCCCAGCAGACUGCAGCGUAGAACAGCACACUUGCCACCACAGACUGAUAAAACAUCUGCAGCGUCCUACUACAGAUGUCUACUGAUCGGAGUCUUCUCAGGCAAAAGAGGCGGCUCUGCCCCUUUCUGUAGAUGUAGUCUAUAUUGUAAGACCAAUCCACCUUAUCAUCCAGAUGUACACCUAGGUAUUUAUAUGAUGUCACCAUUUCAAUGUCCACUCCACAGGUGUUCACUGGCUGAAGAGGGGGUUUGGAUCUAUGGAAGUCUAUGACCAUCUCCUUUGUCUUUGAGGUGUUGAGGAGGAGGCAGUUUUUGUGACUCCAGUCACUGAAGGCUCUUAUUAGAUCUCUGUAUUCAGCUUCUUGUCCAUUUCUGAUACAUGCCACAAUAGCGGUGUCAUCUCAGUAUUUCUGGAUGUGGCAGGACUCAGUACUGUAUUUGAAGUCUGACAUGUACAGAGGGAACAGGAAUGGCACCAGCACUGUCCCUUGUGGAGCUCCUGUACUACUCAUUAAUGUCCCAGAAACACAGUUCCUCAGCCUGACAAACUGUGGCCUUCCUGUCAGGUAAUCUGUGAUCCAGGAAACACAGGAAGGAUCCACUCCCAUCUCUGUGAGCUUGUCUUUGAGGAUGGUGGGUUGGAUGGUGUUGAAUGCACUUGAAAAGUCAAAGAACAUGAUCCUCACAUAAACCCCAGGUUCCUCCAGAUGGGACAGAGCACAGUGAAGCAUGUAGAGGACAGCAUCAUUCACUCCAAUGUGUUCUUUGUAUGCAAACUGCAGGGGGUCCAGUUUGUCUUUGACCUCAGACCUCAGAAGGCGUACAAUCAGCCGCUCCAGGCAAUGCAAAGGCAAUGCACAAUGAAUAUUAUUUAUUUAUUUUUUAAUAAGGAACAUCAAAAAAGAUGCAAUCAUUCAAUUUUAAGACCUAUCCUUCCUCAUCACCACAAAAAAAAAAAACAAGGUACCAACUGCUGGGUCACUUAAAUUCCCAGAGUAGAGCAGGACAGUGCAAGUCAGCUGUAACUGGAAGACUCAUUCAACCACUGGGAACAUCAGCGGAGAAUGGUCUAGCUAGGUGCAUAGUGUCCUCUAAAGAGCUGUCUCUUUAGCUGUCUUCUGAAAGUAGAGACAGACUCUGUGGGUGGAAUGGAGUUGGGUAUUCAUUCCACCGUUUAGGGAUAACAGGAGAGAAAAGUAGGGCCAGUAAUUUAAGGGCCUUUGCUGAGCAUCAGGUGCCUGAUGUAGACACUUUAUGGUCCCUUUUAGCAGUCCACACCUGUGCCCCUGACGUUAUCCAUCACCAAAAGAAGCAGGACAACACUUUUAAAAUCCAAAAUCCAGCAUUCUUUAUCUGUGACAAUAGCAGCAUUGCAGCUUGUAGUCACGCAGGUCCAGACGCUAUGACAAUUGUAUAUACACUCAUAUUAAUUCUGCCAUAUCUCAGGCACAGCAUAGGAUAUGGCAGAACUUAAGGGAUGGUAGAUGUAAAAAUUAAAUGACUGAGGUUCUGACAGUGACAAUGAGCACUGCUUGUUCUACUAAGGCCGCAGAAUUAGCCAUUACUACGAACUUCCUACCACAGCUUUGAGUGUGACCUCUGUUCUGUGUCUCGUUCCUGCUCACCCUGUCUGGGUUCCACAUUGCUAAUUUUGCUUGCUCAUACUACGUUAUCUCAUACCUUAGCCGUAGGACAUGAAUUCUCCUGUACUAUACCAGUGCAGCCUCCCCAUGCUCAUGCUGAUUUAACCAAGGAGCUCUGCAGUUUGUGUGUCAGACGGAGGUUUGUUCAGACGCUGACUGAGGAUUCAAAGAGAGAUGGCUUAUUUUCUCCUGUGGGUAUGCACAAUAUUCAGAGAGAAAACAGUCUGUAACCAGCCAGCACAAACAAACCUAAUGUUCUGAUAUCCCGUAGUAAUAAUAAAAUUUCACGUAGCUUUCCAACCCAGACAUUAGGGGGAUUCACAUGAUUUUUUUUUCCCAAUGGAUGAUUGUUUAAACAGUAACACCAAAGUCCUGGUUGCUUUGUAGUUGUCUUCUUUGUAUCUCAUAUCACAGCAGAACCAGUUCAUAUAAUGAAUUAUAUUAGUUACCUGUUGUCCAUAAUAAAAAACAUAUACAUCUCACAUGGGUAAUUGCAACCCUUAUAUUUGCCCUUGAAGGCCAGAAUGUACCCACUCCUAUGGUUAGCAUUAAUUCUGUCCUCUGUUGUCUGCCCUCAGGGCCUUGUGUGUUCUUAGACUGCUAAUCCUUUUAAUGCCAGGUUUCACACCACAUUACUUAAACCUGCUGCUCACAUACACGAGUCAAACACACUUAUGUAACUCAGAUCUCCCAUGUGAGUGUGUUGAAUAGAGUGGAAGAGUUUGGACCUGUUUUCUUCCUCUUCAUCAAGCAUUUCCUGUCAAAUCAAAGGACCAUCAUAGUUGUAGAGCUCACCACAAGUCGCAUUAAUCAGCAGAGACUGAAGGCUCUCCCAGAGCUUCCUUGACUUUAGUCUUUUUGAAUCAUUUUGAAGUACAUAAAGCUUGACAGCCUGCUGUGAUUUUCAUGGUUUUGCAUUGUGAUAAUGUGCAAAGUUUUUGUUGCUGCUUUGUUAGAUCCUGCGAUAGAUCAUCCCUGAUCUGUUGGGGAAUUGUUUCCUUUCAUCGUCGACUUGAGCUUUUUUCUGUGUGUUUUUUUUUUCUGUAGUGUUAACAUUUGGGGAUGAAUGCUUAUUGACAAUUUUGCUUAAUUGAAUUCAAAGUAGGGCUGUCAUGACAUGGUAUUUUCACCUCACAAUUACCAGCGACAUAAAACAUCAUUGUAACGAUAUUAGUGUACAAUUUACUCCAACAGUUAGGGGGUUACAUCAUGACCGGUAAGGAGAUGAUCCACUUUGAGCAACGUCCGUAAGAACCACAUUUUUAUUUAGCAUUUCACUUGAAAUGUAUUUUUUUUCGUUAAUACUGAGACAGGGGUAUGUCUCUUUAACAUUACUGGACAUAACAACACCAGACAGUGCCAUAUUUCAGAGUCCAAAGCUGUAGCAGAUUGUGACUGUAAACCACAGACACAGCUACGUUUUUAGCUCAACAUGGUAACGAUGCAUGAAGAUUGAGCUGGAACCUGAGCUCACUACAGUGCUGAAACUAAUGACAUUUAAACUAACUCGAAAAUUCCCUUUGGGAAAUUUUGAAGGGCCACAGAGGCUACUCCUAAAGUGUGUACUUUAUUUUAAAUAAUUAAUACUAGCAGCAUUGUGAUAUGAUAUUAAAGGAGCACACCUACAACAAGCAUUCCUUUUUCAAGUAGUUAUUUAUACAUUAAAAAAAACUAACUAAAAAAGCCAAAGCAUAGAUUGAUAGAUUGAUAGAUAGAUUGAUUGAUGUGAUCAUCUGCUUGGAUGAUCGUACAGGAGAUGAUUGGAUGAUGAUAACUGUGGAAAAAACAUGUAGAGUGUAACUCUUGGCCAGUAGUAGUGUGGAAAGAGAAAAGGUUCAGACAAUUUCAUGCAACUUCUCUCACUCUAGUCACACACUCUGGCACGAACUUCCCACCCAAUAUAAUUUCAAAAUUUCUCCAAAACUGAUCAUAAUUACUGAACAGUGAGUGAUCAAACAUUACUAUACCUUUGGAAACAUGGAUGAAUACACUAAUAGACAAGACUUUUGUCUACAUAUUAAAGUUUCAAUGAAGUCUGUAGUUGAAGGUAUUAUGAGCCUGUAGACAUUUGAGAAUCUCCAAUAGUUGCUGAGAUAGUUUUUGAGACUUACAUUGUGAAAAAUUCACAUGUAUUCAUAUGUAUUCAUAUGUAUAGUAAAAGUACUAGCACACUAAUCCAAUUAAAUUGUGUGUUUUGAUAUCUAAUUUACCCUACAACUCUUUAAGUUGUAGGCUGUUAGCAAAUCAAAGUUUGUCUUGAAGAGGAAUAGGAAAAAAUCUCUAUACUUUUUUAUUGGGGGCAGUGCCUUGAUUUGCAUACCCCAUGGCCCUAAUGAUGGCUAAUAAUGACAGACUGGACCCCCUGAUUAAAACUUGCAUACCAACAAGCUAAAGAGGGCUAAAAUGUUAGCCCUGGGGAGAUAAGCUGAAUUUCACACAAACCACAUCGAGGACUUCUCAAGAACAUCCCAGAGAACAUAGAGGGGAAGAAUGCUUUAGACUCCUCUGAGGACUGGCAUCCACAGUUUCUCCUCUUGGAGACCAAAGGAGGUCAGGUCUUUAUACCAACAUCACGUGUUGUUCUGCGAGAUUGGCAAUAUUGUUGUUAGUACCUAUGCAGCUGUACUUGUGCACUUAGCUGUUAGAGGUGACAGUUUUGUUUUUACAUCUGUAUGUUCUAUCCAUAAUUGCUCUGCAGACCCAUGUUGAACUGAGCUCUUUAGUUGUUGUGGACGUAAGAUAAAGAAAAAAAUCGAUAAAUAUAUUUUAAAAUAACAUCAGAAUAAGAGAAGGGUGGGGCAGCGUCAUAUUUCAUCCACAUCAGCAGCUCUGUGCUUCAUAAAGCCACUCCCACAUAGACACAAAAUAAAUGUUUGGUCAGAAAAAUCCUCUUAGAGAGCUGCUUCAGGCCUCUUCACAGACAGUGUGCUGCUGCUCUGUCUUUCCUCUGUUCUAAUAACAUGUGGUAACUGGCAUACAGGACUACCAAUAUUCCUUUAAUUUCCUUAAAGCUUAGCUAUAACCAUUUCAGUUUUGAUUGGUUACUCCUGAAAGCUGAAAAAUGUUCACAUAGAUAUCACCACAGAGAACUCUUCUAUGUGCACAGAUUUGAAUUCAAAGCCCCCAAAAAUCACGACACACAAAUAUUCCUCAAAAUCUCAACACAAAUUUUCCUGUUCCCCAACAAACAUCCCCAACACACUUUGUCCCCUGUUCAAUGUUUGAGUUCCCUUUAAAAGAGGUGGUAAAGAAAAAUCCCAAGGUAGGGUCCCUAUCCAACCACACAAGUCCAAAAACAAAAAAGUCCUCACAACUCAAAAAGAGAAUAAUCCAUUAAAAAGAAAACGUUGGCAAGGCAGUGUGAGAAAAUACAAAAAAGUCAUCCAAGUUAAUGUGGGAGACUCUCUGUUCCUUGGAAUGCUCCCUCUGAGCCGAACUCUGACAGUUCCACAGCUCCCAGCCAAAGGGUAAUACCUGCAGCUCUAGAGGAGUCCUUGGUUUCCUCACUUGGAAUCAGAGACCUUGUUUCCCUGCACCAAUCCCCCCUCCCAACAUUUCCUUCCUGCUCCUCUAUUGUUCUGUUCCUCCUCCUCCUCCUCCUCUCCCCCUCUUCACACCUCUGCUCACCUGGCUGCAGCAGGUCACCUGACAGGCUGACUGCAGCUUAACAGACCACACCACCCCAAUAACACAAACAGCAGUACCAAGGUAGGGUGAGUUUGUGGCUAUUGCACAGAUGUUCAGAUUUGUUAACCACAGUGUCAAAGAGAGUAAAGAAAUCCUGGUCAGUCAAACCGUUUAGGGAACAAUGUUCUCUGCCCUUCCUCUUUCUGAGUCUUUAUGGAACAGAGCGAAUGCUGAGGCAAUGGAUCGAGACAAUUCUACCUUUGUCUUUUUGCCUGUUUCUCUCUCUCCCUCCUUCUCUCACUUCCCACUGACCCACACCCACCCUCAGUGUGUGUGUGUGUGUGUUUUAGGGUAUGGUUUGGAUGAGGAUUAAGGACUUGCUGCUGUCAGCCCUAUUCCUCCAACAGCCCCUCUCUCUCUUAUGUGUGGAGGCCAAAAUGGCCACUCAUCAUUCGUUCCUGCCUCUCUGACUGACACACUUAGUAUCUCUCUGUCAUUCUCCAUAGUCAGGGUGUGACUAUGGAGAAUGACAGCCAGGGCUUGCUGGUAAACUCUGUGUGUGCUUCCCACUAUCAAACUACAGCUCAGCCAAAAGUCCUUACAAUUCAAAAUUUCAAUAGGCCUCUUUUUGUCGCUGGGACAUGCCAGAUUGCAUUUCUCUCUGAACAUAGCAGAUGUGAGGGCAGUUCCUCUUCCUGUGAGUAAAGCCUAUUUUACAAAUCACAGAAAUUACAUUACAAAGUACAGUCAAAUUAAUGACAAGGGCCAUAAAUGAGUGCUGAAAUAUGUGCUUAUGCCAUGGUAAUAAAGCACCUUCACUGCACUGCUUCAUGGCCUAAUGCCUACCUCUCUGCCAGCUUGCCUUUAGUUUGUGUUUUGCAUUUAUUGAUGUGAUGAAAAGGGUCUGCCAUUUUUUUUUAAGUUUGCUUUUUAAGGGACACCUUGCAUCAUAAAUUGCCCUAGUGUGCACAUUUUCAUUGUUACUUUCUUUCCUAUUAUUGUACCUCCCCAGUACUUAUGCUGAAGUCUGAAAGGGCUCCACAGAGAGCCACAUUAAUCAGAACCUGGUCAGUAAUAGACCGGGGAACUGUUGUGAAAGUUUCUAUGAUGACUUGCUCUGUUUUGAGACUCCUGAACCUUCACAAGCGGGUUUGGGAAAUCUUCAUAAAAACACAUUCUACAUUACUGUUCAUUUUUUCUUCAGAUUUGCUUAAAUACUUGAUGGAAAGUUCAAAUCAAGUUUUUUUUUUAAAUGUUUUAGUUUUUCUGAUUUUCAAAAUAGAUCUUCAGUUUACACUUGAUGGAGCAUUUCUGGUGUUUGGGUCCCUCAAAACUCUUUCAAUCUGUAAGUCUGGGAUCAGCAACUAGCAGCCCGUGGGCCAUAUUAGGCCCACCAAACAUUUAGUCUGGCCUGUGAAAUCAUUUUAAUAAUGAAUUUAAUUUAUAUAUUUUUCGCAACAACUGUCACUGGCGGAGUCCAACAAUUACGCCAAAGAGCAGAUACAAGCGAGACUGCAGACAGCAACAGACGGUGCUCACUGCUGAAACAAAGGCAGCAUCCUCUUGUAUCAAAAAAUCUUUCUUUAAUUUCUUAACAUUUAGAAGAAAGUGAUGAACAACACAAAAUCUGCCUCGCACUCUCUUAAUGUAAAAACUGGCGUUUCCCCUCAGUCAUGUAUUCUUGAAUGACUGGGGCAAAGUUUGUCAUUUUAAUAUGAAGGCAGUUCUCCAGCUGGUUCCUUCAAAGCUUGACUGGCAUGUGUACAUGGAAGGGAACAUUGUGAGCACAUAAAACAUCAGUCGUGCUGUACUCUUCAGAGCAUGCCACCCAAAAAAGCGUUCACAGAUGCCGCACUUUGGAGUGCAUUACUGACUAGGGAGCUUGUUUUGAAAUUAAUUAACUGUAUCUGAAAUUUAACCUCAUCUACAGAGUGAGCUGGUCCAACCAAGGGCACGCCAGUGAUUGUGAACAAAGGCAAAAAUGUCUUUUGGGAUGAAGUAGUCCUCUGAAUUUGUCCCACAGCUUCUUUAUGAAGUCUAUCAUCAGGUCUGAUAGGCUUAUCACUAGAGCUGCAACUAACAACUAUCUUAACAGUCCACUAGUCACCGACUGUUGAAACGAUUAGUCGACUAAUAGGAUAAUUAUGACUAUUUUCUUAAAGUCCCACUCGGAUCGAUUUUUUUUUUUGUUUGUUUUUUGUUUUAGUUUUCUUAGUGGUCUUUAAAUUGUGAUUAUGAAGUUUUUUUACCAAAAAUACCAUUACCUGUGCCAUUUUCAAGGACUUUUCUUCUGCAGAGCUCUAGUAGAUCAUUAGCAAUUCACCUCUGAGUGGUGGGCGUGGACAACACUGCUCUGCACACUCCUCUUCACACUAGCUUGUAGCCUACCAUUGCUGAUGUAGUAGAAGUAGCAGGUAACAAAGGAGCUAUUCAGCUCUCAGACACUAAUGUCUUUAUGGACACGAUGGAAGCUAAUAUAAAUAGCUUUCUUCCAAGCAUUGCAAUCCACUAACGCACACACUUGUUCCGCGAUCAUCCUCUGUAUUUCUCCUCUUUAUGAAGAGUUUGGUCUGCAUAGCGGGGCUUCACUGUUUCUGAACCUGCCGUUUGGGUCUGCCAGAGAUUCACAGCGAUUUGAAUUAAGAAAUACUCAGAAAAGCAAUUUUGCAUUUAUUUUUUUCAUGAUAUGUCCUGUAGCAUAAGAAAAAAUGCCAUAUGAACAUAUAAAAAACAAGAAAAACAUGAUUUUCAUCAGAGUGGGUCUUUAAACUUCCUGUAAGGAACUUUUAACUAGAUUUUGUGUCACAAACCUCAGUAGUCCUGCUGCUCCAGGUCUGUCUCACACUCCGCGGCUGGCUGACCAGGACUCACUUCCCAUUUUAAACACAUUUACAAAGUAAGUUGCCUCAAACUGCUCUGAAAAAAGUUAGUUUUUCGCGCCCUGAAGUGCGAGCCAGAUAAGUGUCUUUACGACAAUACGCGCUACAACACUACUGCUUUUGUCCAAAAUCAGCAGAAAAUAAAAACUCCAUCCAGCUGCUUGAAAUUUAACAUUUUCGCCUUGUCGAGGCUAAAGUGCUCCCAAACUUUGGAGGAUUUUAAGUGCAUAAUCAUAGCUGCUGUCUGGCAUGCUGGCGCCGCCAUGUUGGAAAACCGUACCACUCAGCGUAGACACUAUUGCACAUGUGUGACUCUAGGCAGAGAUCGUAAUGAAGUAAGAUGCCUCACUCCACUGGAAAAAACACCUCUGGCGACAGUAGUCAACAAUGGAAUUCCAUUGUCAACAGUUGCCAACCCCUGCUAUAAGUGCUAUUCACUCUUUCACAAAAGGCUGCUACACCAUCAGCCAGUCUACCCUAGGAUCUGAUAUACCUCUUUAAUGCCAAAACAUGAGGAGUUCAUACUGUCCAGUCCUAUUAAACAAACUAAUGAUACGCAAAGCAAUGGCUGAGUUCACCUGAUUACAGAAAAUUUAAUCAUCACAUGGCAUUAGUGAUCCCAGAGUUUUGAAUUUCAUUGAAAUGAUAGGAAAAUAUAAAACAAUAUUGACACUUGCUUCCAAACUGUGGCAGUCAAAUUUCAUUUGCCACCUAACACAGAUCAGCAUGUGUCAUAGCGAUGAAGGUAACAAAAAGCUAAACUAGAAAAUUCCCUCUGGGAAAUUUUAGAGGGCCACAGGGGCUCCUCCUAAACUGUGUGCAUUACGAUAAGAUUCUUCAGAGAUUACCAAUAAUUAAUACUAGAAGCAUUGUGAUAUGAUAUUAAAGGAGCACACCUACAACAAACAUUAUUUAUUUAUACAACAGAAAAAAACAGAGCCUGAGCAAGCAGCAGAUGUUUGUAAAACUCCAAUCAUUGCUCUUUUUUUUCCCAUUGAUUUCAAUGCAAUUUUUUUCCACACAGUGGAGAAGAGUAAUAGCACACAGAUCCUAAUCAAACAGCACUUUUCUGAUAUACAUGUUGUCCUACAACUCUUCAGCAUCUCUAUUGUAAAGGGGCCAAUGCCUAGGUGUGUCUGCUGUAAGGGCCAGUGCCUUGAUGCAUUUGCCCUGUGGCCUUAAUAAGAAUUUUGAUUGAGUUAGCAUUUUAUCGUUGAUUUAAAUUGCUCUAAAAGCAAUUCAGUGAUGUAGAGGUAUCAGAGCAGUCCCUGAUUAGUGAAUUGCUCUCAGCUGUGGGCCUGGUCUGAGGCUCAAAGUUGCCACGGUAACUGGAGUUUGAUGCCCAUAACGAUACACGCACAGCAGGCUGAGGCAGUCAAAAUGAGAAAAAGAGCAGUUUUUUGCCUUCGCACUGGUCUUACAUUUGUGCUUAUUCUGACAAAAGGUAGCUCUGAUCAGAAAAAUAAGCAAACCAUGGUCAUCGUAAGGACUUCCUGAAAGAUUUGAUAUUACUUUCAUAGUUCCACAGUAUAAAGUUUGGACACACUUUCAAGUUAAAAACAGGAGUCCCCUUUGCUUCUCUCAGAAAAUCUAUGUAUUAGCAUCAAUGUUUUAAGAUCCACUCUGAUGAAAAUCAUGUUUUUUUUGUUGUCUUCAUGUUCAUAUGGCAUUUAUAUGAUCCUAGAGGACAUAUCAUGCGAAAACUAAGAGCAAAAUCGCAUUUCUAAGUAUUUCUUCUUUCACAUUGUUGUGAACCUCUCACAGGCACAAGCAGCCCUACGUCACAACUGCAAGCUCCGCCCCUGGAGCACCAACAUGCAGGCCAGACUCCGAGAAAUACAGAGGACGAUCGUGGAACAAGUGUGUGUGGUAGCAGAUUGCAAUGCUUGUAAGAAAGUUAUUUUUGAUAUUAGCUGUCAUCAUGUCCCCAAAGACAUUAGUGUCCGAGAGCUUAAUACCUCCUAUAUUACCUGCCACCUCUGCUACACUGAAAGGGAGUGUGCAGAGCAGCGCUGUCUCCACCCACAACUCAGAGGUGAAUUAAUAAUGAGCCACUGGAGCUCUGCAGAAGAAAAGUCCUUCUGACUUUGACACAUGUGUGAUUUCACAAAAUCACAAUUUAAAGACCAAUAAGAAGGAAGUGGACUUUAAAGUAAAGUGCAGCAGAAGGUCAGAGUUUGACUGAGGAUGUAAGAUCUUGUCCAGUCAUGUGGCCCGCUGCUAUUGGACUGUUCAGAACCAUAACCACCAUACUGGCCAAAUGUAUGUACACAUACAUGGAAUUUAACUCCGGUCAACUUUGCUCUCUAUGUACAAACAUUUGUCAUGAAAUUUGACAAAAAAUUGUUACAUAUACAUAACUGUUAUAUAAAUGUGUAUGUGUGUGUGUGUGUAUAUAUAUAUAUAUAUAUGUGUGUGUGUGUGUGUGUGUGUGUGUGUGUGUGUGUGUGUGUGUGUGUGUGUGUGUGUGUAUAUAUAUAUAUAUAUAUAUAUUGAGAGAGAGAGAGAGAGAGAGAGAAUUGUGUGUGUGUGUGUGUGUGUGUGUGUGUGUGUGUGUGUGUGUGUGUGUGUGUGUGUGUGUGUGUGUGUGUGUGUGUGUGUGUGUGUGUUGUAUAUAUAUAUAUAUAUAUAUAGAGAGAGAGAGAGAGAGAGAGAAUUGUGUGUGUGUGUGUAUGUGUAUGUGUGUGUGUGUGUAUAUAUAUAUAUAUAUAUAUAUAGAGAGAGAGAGAGAGAGAGAAUUGUGUGUGUGUGUGUAUGUGUGUGUGUGUGUAUAUAUAUAUAUAUAUAUAUAGAGAGAGAGAGAGAGAGAGAGAGAGAGAGAAUUGUGUGUGUGUGUGUGUGUGUGUGUGUGUGUGUGUGUGUGUGUGUGUGUGUGUGUGAUUACAUACAGAUGGGUUAUAUACAUGAGAUAAAUAUACAUUGUUGAACUACAAACCAGAAGUCAUGUGAUCAUGUGAUACUGAUUCACCCCAGCACAUAGGAUCUGUUAGGACAAGGAAAAUCCUGGUCUUUGUGCUCAUCCUUUACCUCUUAUUUCUUGGCUGGCUGUCUUUGAGCCUGUAGAGGCGCUUUGAGUGUGUGUUGUCUUUACUGCCUGUUGAGGCCCUAAGCCAUCUUAAGGCAGUCUGUCAAUAAGAAAUGACAGGAUAAGACCCUGAAGCAAAAGGUCUUUAGUCUAUCACGCAGAGGGCUGUUAUACCAGCCAUAGGGUGCAUAAAAUUGUUCUGAUUCUUAGGGGUAGUGUGAGUAUUGUUCAUGAAAUUUUGAGUGGCGAGACAAAAACCUUGACAAUGAAGACAUGAACCACUGGUAGCACUUUUUUAGAAAAGACUUUAUUUAAUUAUGUAGCCUUAUAAGUACUUCUAGCCAUCUCUGAGUUUUGAAACAAGCUCUGGUUUUAAGUCCUUGCAUCACAUUCAAACCAAUAUUUACAGUACAGUGCAUCCAUAUUCGUUUGAUCUUAUUUACAUUUACAUCAAAUUUUCCCUCAGGGAUAAAUAAAGUUUUUCGUAUCUUUAAAUAAAGUUCCUACAUGAUGAUUGGAUUGCUGUAUUCAAAAGAGGCCCAUCAGAGACUGUUAGAGACUAUAUUUUUAAUAACAUUUGUGAAAGGGUUUUAAAUGAAGAAGGCUCAACUUGUAUAUCUAUGUCGAAGACUAUAGAGGGCAGGGGGAUCACUCGGGCUCAUGCUGAUCUCUGCUGAAGGUUUAUGUAACUCCAAGUGUCACAUGAUCACACAUCACCACCCGCCUAGUUACUGUCUGCACUCAGUAAUUCACUCCCUUGUCAGCCAGUCAAACACAAAUAGAUGACAUAGACAGAGGAGAAAUUAGGAGCACACAUAAACAGUGUCAUCACAAGACUUAGUUCCUGUGCAGCUGCACCUACUCAUGCUUCCAUAGGGUGCACACUACAUCUACAACAGAAAUAUCAGUGAAGACCGAACAAAGAAGUUUGGAACUCUGUUACUUUAAUGAUUUUACUGACGGACAGCUCCAUGAGAGUGCGGGGAGUACAAGUGCAGGGCCAUGACGAGAUGGCACUGAAGCUUUUGUUCUGGGAGCUGGAGCAGCAUCUUAAAAGGUAAACAAGGACAAGGGUCCCUGGGAAGUUUGUACAGUAGAGCAAAUCUUGAGCCAAUCUCUAUAUUAGAAUUACUAUCAUUUUCAGUCAUGUGGAAACCUGGAUGACAUGUGACAAUGUCAUGAAUGUGUGCAACUUAAUAUCUCCAGGAGACCAUCCAUCAGUAAUUAAACUCAUGGCCUUGGUUUUCUGGAUUUUGUAGUUUUCUCUUUUUUGUCACUAACUGUGCUGUGCUAUUUCCAACCUGUUUGUUGCCAUCAAGUACCAGUAUUUCUCUCUCUUGGGAACAAUAGAGCCAAUUUUGUAUUAUUCACCAUGAGGAAAUAAGUUGGUGGUUCAAACCACUUUUACACGGUCAUUUAUUGUGCAGAAAAUUUUGUUGCAUUGAGUGUCAAAAUUAGUUUGAAAUGGUAAAUGUUAGACCUUAAGAUUGUGAAGCAUAAUCUUAUUUGUAGUUUAUUUCUCCAAAUCAAAUUUGAAUUAAGCAAUUUAUCAGUAAAAAAACAUUUUUUGUUGCAUGUGUUUAGAAGCCACUGCUACAUUCAGAUUUGGUGCUAUUGCAGUUUGUUUACAGGUGUAGCUCAACAAAUCAGAGUACCAAUAAAAAGUUACCAAUUAAUAAGGUUUUCAAAUCCAGAUAAGAUGUCUUGUAAAUAAUUGCAGGUUAACUUAAAUGCUCGUGCAUUUUACUGUUUUACUUUUCAUGGUGGUGGCCUAAAGCUCAGUAAGUCUCAAAGUCAUAUCUUAAAGCCACUCCGGAAACAAAGACAAGGUCGGAAAUGCUCCUCUUAGAUAAAAAUAAAUGUAUGUCGUUUGUAAAUUAUUGUCCAAAAGCCAGGAUGAAAUGAUGAAGGGCCACAGAAUCCAGGACAUUUUAAAGCUGUAUUUGAAGAUUUGGGGUGCCAUGUCAUGUGCUGGUAUUGAUCCAUUGUGCUUUAUCAAGUCCAACAUCAAUGUAACCUUCUACGAGGAGAUUUAAGAGACUUCCAGUCUGCAGACAGCCUUUAUGGAGAUGUCAGCUUCCUUUUUCUGCAUGACUUGGUACCUGCCCACGGUGCCAAAACUACUACCCAGCAAUUUUCUGACCAUGAAGUCACUGUUCUUCACUGACCAGUUAACUCACUUGACCUAAACCCUGUAGAGAAUCUGUGGAGAACCAUUUAGAGGAAGAUGAGAAGAACCAACUACAAUCUAACACAUAUCAAAAGUUUGAACACUUCUGUUUGGUAAAUCUUUUUUGGGUUGAUCUUGGGAAAUGAUCUGAUAAUUUAGAUUACUGGACUUCAUCUAACAGGAUAAAACACUUCAUGUUUCUCUGUGCCAUAGGCUCUAAUGAAGGGCUGCAAUUGUACUGGCUAUUUGGGUCUGGAUAAUUGGCUAAACCCCAUUCCAGUCAAAGAACACACCGGAAGAGAUGAGAGCAGCUUAGAGCUUCUAAUUAAGCUAUUGGCCUUCUUGUUGAAGUGUCUGGCUCGGAUAAGCGAUAAACACAUGCUGACAUCAGUAGAAGUGCUCAGAGGCCAUGUCUCAGCCUCUCUUCCUCACCCUGGUGCUCACAGUAUUUCUCUAAACCCUAUUGUCUGAAUCAAAUGCUCAGUGACAUGAACCCAUCGGCACUUUUCACCUGGUUAGACACAACUUGCACACAUUCUCACUCACUUCAACACAUCGUGGACUGUGAUGCACUUGUGUUGCAUAGUGGUGAGCACAGGUAGCAAAAGUUGAUCAUAUUUAAAGCAAAGAUGUCACAUCUUAAACACAACUACUCAAAAUUGAUCAUAUUUGAGGCUAAUGAUGUGAGGAAUCCAAUAUAAUCCAGUUCAGGGAGUAUUUUCCAUUACAUGGUCAGGGAGAAUGUGGAUGAAAUCCUGUAGCCUGACCCUGCACGUCGACAUGAAGCUAUGGCUGAAUGAUUGUAGAUACUGUGAGCUCUUGAGUUUGAUAUUGUGGUUUACAGUGUGAUGUGCUUCUUAUUUAUCUUUCUUUUUACUUUCUUUUUACUGUAUACAGGUGCUGAAUUCACAGAUUUCCUUUAGUCUACUGUGAACAGUAAUUUCUACAGUGUAAUGUUCCGCGCAUUGUGUUUUACAUUUUUGUAAUGUAGUGUAUAAUGACUGCUCAGAAAUGUUUUUAGUUUUGGUUGACUUGGGUUAUGAUCUGACAACAUUGUUUGGUUUUGAGCACAGAUGAAACUGUUUUGAGGUGAUCGUUUGGUUUUGCUUAAAUAGUCAGAGGUUUGGUAGAUGUAGUUUGAAAAUUAUUUUUAUUGCUUAUUGUGUUGAGAGAAGCACGGUGGAUGUCAAGAAAUGUGGUUUAGCAAUUGGUUUAGGCAGCUGAGCAUUUGGUUCUAACAAUAAAAUGGGUUUAGGGUUUUAGCAAUGGAGAAAUACUGUAAGUGUGUGUGACUAGUCUGAGGAUUACUGUUAGUAUGUCGAUAUCAUGUUAAGGGUUUGGGUGUGCACAAUAUGUGUUGAAACAGCCCUUUGCUGUGGUUUAGGGAGGUAUAUUUCUGUAUGUCCUAAUGUCUGAUGUGGGAGUAUCACACACCUAAAACAGCAGUUAUGUAUUCUUUAGGCUUGGCUUUUUGACCGCGAUACUCCCCUCUUUACAGUGUUACAAACGCCUCUAUAAUCACUGAGAUUAUUCAAGAUUCCUUGGGUAGUUCUUCUCGUUAAAGAAGAUUGUAGUCUCAGUUACUCAGACAGUUGCUGAAAGACAAAAACUUAACUCAGUGUUCAGUGUUGCACUGCAGGUUGACUGUUUCUUUGGCAUUUUUUAUUGAGUCCAAAAUGUUGUUUGUCUCAUAGAAAACACAUUUGAGAGGUCUAACAUGCCAACAAAACCCAUGUUUGUCAAAUAAAUUUGAUGCAUAGAACUUUUUGAUUUUUUUUAACCCUGACAGAAGACUUUAUCAUUUGCCAUGUUUACAUGUGCAAAAUUCUUUAUUCGAUUAAAAAUUUGACAGAUUGGACAAUCUGAAUCAACUGUUUAUGCAGGCGCAAAAUCAAAUAAUCUGAUCAUGACGUGCAUAUACAUGCACCAAGCUUUAUUCAGAUUAAAGCAUUUGGACAUGUGCAGAGUUGUCUAAUUUUUCGCUAAAAUAAGCGCAGAAGAAGAACAGUUGUAUUUACGCCUGUGCUGUCAACAAACCAACAAACGCAGAAGUGGCUAUCUUCACCCAAUUCAGGAUGUUUCCCUACACUCAGAUUAGACCUGAGACCCAAGGUUCUGGGGGUGGUUGUGUUGCUCCUAGUGUACAUGAUCAUCUAGCGGGCCCAGCAGCACAUAGGCCCUCAUUUAUCAAUCUUGCGCAGAUCUGAGCGCAGGAUUCAUUGUACGAUAGGACCAUAGACUGUAUAUUGAAUGGACAGAGUCUGCCUCCUCGCUGGGUGAAGCCACUUCGAGAACAGCGCCCCCUGUUGAUGGGCUGCAGUAUAAGUCAUAAAUCCAGCCUCCGCCAGCAAAGCUUAUGGGGCUGUGGACAAACUUUAGAAAUUUAUCACACAGAACAUAAUUUUUUCUCCCCCCUGCUUGUGAUGUUGACAUGUAGUUAUUGUAAGACUAGUUUGUGCUCAAGUCCUUUUUUUUCUGUGAAGCUCCAUUUUUAAAAGUUAUUAGGGGGUUCAUGUUUUCUAUGAUUGACACCUGAUACAGCCUAUGGGCGUUCAGGGAUUGCAUAGCUCCCCGGGGGGAGACGCUUUUUGAGCCGAGCGUCAUCACAGUGGCCCUCAUUUAUCAAGCUUGCCUACGGCAGAAAACUUGCGUACACCUUGCGUAUGAUAAGUUUGACACGAGGAUCGGCAUUUAUCAAUCUGCACGUGAGCGUACGCUACGACCAAAUCUCACGACAGGUCUGAUAUCGUGUACACAAGUUUGAGUCUGUGUGGAUCUGUGGUGCAGCAAAUGUCUGUCUCAAAAUUAUUGAUAAACAAACCUCAAACCUGUCAUCAAGCACAAUCAGCCAGAUUUCAUUAAAGAUUAAGACGAAAAUAAAAUAAAAUAAAAUAAAUUUUUUUAUGUCCCUGGUGAAUAGGCCUAUUCGAUAACUCUGCCCAGAAACAUUACCACAGAGCAGGAGCGCUGUUUUAACAUUGCGCACACGCGCCACUAUGGAGCGCUGUGUUUGACUCCUAAAAGGCAGGUGUUUCUGUCUUGGCCCAGCAGCGGGGACGUUGUUCUUCACUCCUGAAAGGGUGUGGGACAUCAUUUCGGCCUGUACAGUUUUGCAAAAUGUUGCUCUGGCGAAUGGAGUGCCGUUGGCUGUGCCGGUGCAACGUGAGGACCCGAUGCCCGGAGAACAAUAACGAGGAGAGACUCCACAAAGGUGCUGCACAGAGGAGACAGGACCUUAUCCAUGGAUUCUGAUGUAAAGUAUAAGUUUAGAAAGUGCUCUUGCUAUUAAAUCAGUAAUAAAAAUCCAAUACAAAUCCAUAAAAAUGUGCCUCAGGGGCAGCAACACACCGUUUGGUGAGGUUAAUAAUUAUUUUUGUUCGGCCUCUGUCAGACUCUCCAGUCUGCUCUACAUUACAAAGACGCAAUAAAUUAAAAGUAAAUAUAACAAAACAAAUAACAUAACAAAUGUAUUUUAUUUUAUUUUAUUUACGUCUUAAUCUUUAAUGAAACCUGGCUGAUUGUACUUGAUGACAGGUUUGAGGUUUGUUUAUUAAUUAUUUUGAGACAGACAUGUGCUGCACCACAGAUCCACACAGACUCAAACUUGCGUACACGAUAUCAGACCUGUCGUGAGAUACGGUCGUAGCAUACGCUCACGUGCAGAUUGAUAAAUCCCGAUCCUCACGUCAAAAUUGUCGUACGCAAGGUGUACGCAAGUUUUCUGCCGUACGCAAGCUUGAUAAACGAGGGCCACUUCUGAUCCUGGGUUAGCAAGAAAGUUGUGUCAGACACGGACCAAUUGUUCUUAGUUCUCGCCAUGUUUAUGUCUUGUCAUUAUAGGCUGAAAUGCAUCACGCUGAUGUAGGGAACACUUGCACAGUCAGGUUAGGUUUGCCCCAACAGAGAGUCCCGAUCGGAGUAAGUGUUAACAUGGACGCGUUUCGGGAUAAUGCAUAAACCACACUCUAUCAAUAUACAAUUUCUUUCUGAUUGAGCCGAAUUGAAUCAGAAUCUUACGUUCAACAUGUUUACACAACGCAUUUUUAUUCCAAUCGGGCCUAUAUUCCGAUUAUUUGUGCCCAUGUAAACGCAGCUAUAGAGGUUUAUGUCAUAUUGGACAAGGAGUGUUGUUCAUCCAGUCUUUGCUGAAUUUAUUUCCAAUGACAUUCAAUUGUCCCUGACUCCACACUUGACUGCCUGCUAAUCUAGAUUAACAGAUGACUAAUAAUUUGGAGCAAAAAUGUAGACAUUCAAGGCUGAAAUCUCACAGAUCUUCACAGCCCCAUACUGCCGCAGUUCUGUUUAAGGCCACAUGGGGGCGACAGAGGUGUGGGCAUGAGGAAAUGACAAUAUUUCUCAUUUGCUACAACAUUAAACCUUAUUUUCUGAUUCAAACGCUCAGUGGCCUGAACCCAUUUAUUGAAUCAGUCACCCUUUUGGCAAAACCAUAGGCACUUAUCACCUGGUUGCACCUGCACUUACUGUAUAUGCACUGUGAUGCACUUGUGUUGCAUAAUGGUGAGCACAGGUUGCAAAAGUUGAUCAUUGGCAAUUGUUUUGUUUUGCAGGAAGAGGUGAAUGUGUUUUAAAAAAUUGCGUUUAUUGCUCAUAGUGUUGAGAGAAGCACGGUGGAUGUCAAUAAAUGUGAUGAGCACCUCAAUCCCUCAGACUGAACAUCCUGAAGUAGACUGAUUUCAGUACCUCUCAGUUACCCUGCUUAUUUAAAUCAAAUAAAAAACUAUUUAAAACACAGGGGGCGUCUUUUGUUGUCGGUGUUAUGAGACAGCCUAUGUUAUGAGCCUUAAUCGGUUGAGAAAUAAGUAAGAUGAGAUAUAAUUUUAUGUACAUUUUAGAGCCUUUCAUGGGAACGUUGCCCCCGCCAAGUUGGCUGCUACAGAGCACUGGCGUAUCUUGCUUUCUAUAUAUCUGUGCUUCCAGCCACCUCCUUUCAGUUUUAGGAAUAUUUUAUGCUAAAAUGUGUCAGCUGAGCGGCAGGUGGGGGCGUUUCUGAAUAACUCAUGCAAACAGCCUCCGCUCUCGACCAAUCAGGGGCCGGCCUGUUUGGUCACUGGAUCAAUUUUGGGUUAUGUCCCGAGCUGCAGACCUUCGUGUAGAGCAGAGAUGAGCUGACCUUGGAUGAAUUUGUACCGCUGCCGUCGGUGCACGAAACCCAGAAGGUAGAGUUGUUAGGGCGCGUGUCGAUGUGUGGGUCGUGGAGCUGCUCGAGUGGAACCACGGGGAUGUCUGUGAGCUGAUUGGUAUAAGAUGACCCGCGUGAAUACGCCGUGCUACACCGUGGCUAUGGAUCUAGGCGUCUGUCAGCUGAGAAAUGUCUCCAUGUCGUUUCUGUCGUCGUUACUGAACGCAGAGAACUCGCGAGUCAGGCUCGACCAUAGGUAAUAGCGUUGAGCACAAGAAGCUGCAUGUGUGUUCAUGUCUGAGCUGUGUUCACAUGCAGCAGUAAUAUCUCUCCCUCUGUUAUGGAGGGAACUCUGGUGUUCAUGCUAGAUUUCCUGCUAACACACACUCAAGAACUGUUUCACUAUUCAACUGUGUUCAACAGUCAGUUCCGAGUUUUCCUGUCAAAACCAGUGCUUCUUCUUCGGUGUAGGUCGGAAGACUUUGUCGCCACGUGUCCUGGCUCUCUGUGUGACUCUUUGUGCAGAAAGUGUUUUUGUUUAAUGAAUUCUUCCUUUAUUUUGACAGCUCGUCAGGAGCCAGCGUCGUGGCCAUAGAUAACAAGAUUGAACAAGCGAUGGUGAGUUAACAACUUUUUUGACUUCGUACAGAAGAAAAGUUUGAUAAAGUUAAUACUGGUAAAUAAUACACAAAAUACAAUCAAAGUAGGUUUGUCUUGGCUUUUAAAGAGAAAUAGGCGCUAGGUUGAUGAGCAUUUACUUAAUUUCAAUUAGGCUCUCCUUUUUAUUUACCAGCAUUGCAAUGUCCUUUACAAUAGUUAGGAUGGACUUGUCUCAAGUCUAUCCUAACUAUGAUUUAAUAACCACAACACAAUUAUUGUACUGAAGAGUUAAACUGUAGUCGACUAAAACCAAGUCCCUAAGCAUUUAAGCUCACUGUUUGUUUUUGUAAAAUCUAAUUUCAAAAAUCGCUGACUUAUCCGAAGGAAAACGUGUUUGUUUUCUCUUUUUACUCACUGUUUUUGUAGCUGUUGUCAGCUCUGUUGCUAGGCAAACUAAAAGUCUCUCAACACGGGUAUAAAUAUCUCUGCCUCUGAUUGGUCAAGACAUAAACGUGGGCAGGGCUUAUGACGUGACACCCUGGGAAUGUCCUCACCCAUAUCCUCAAAGGAGCACAUUAAAAUGGAUUUAAGCUGUUUCGUGCUGUAAAUCAUUCUUCACAAGUCCUAUUCGUAGUCAGAAUCUGUCUGUUAAGAUCAAACAAGAUUAAUAUUAAAUUAACAUGGCAGUAUUUGCUAAUCCUAUAUUCACACUAUAUAAGCUCAAAAUACAUCAAACAUUAGAAAUUAUUAACUUGUGUUAUAGGUAAGUUUUAUCUUAUAGUAGUUCAGUAUUUAUGGAUGAUAUUUUUUAUCCAGAAAAUACAGCUUAUUCCCCUUGGGUUCGUAACCUAAUAAAAGUGUGUUCAAAUGAAGCUGCUUCUCCCAGUGCUCGGUUUCAUGCAUAUUUCUGCUCUCCAAAAUUUGGCCAAAGGUGAAAACUUCAGUUCCAGAAUUUUCUGUGGCUUAAACAUUUUAUAUAUCUGUCUCCGUCAGGACUUGGUGAAGAGUCACCUGAUGUAUGCUGUGCGUGAGGAGGUGGAGGUCCUUAAAGAACAGAUCAAGGAACUGAUUGAGCGCAACUCGCAGCUGGAGCAGGAGAACACCCUGUUAAAGACACUAGCCAGUCCAGAGCAGAUGGCCCAGUUCCAGGCCCAGGUUCAGACUGGCUCCCCGCCUGCCCCUCAAACAGCAGCAACACCAGGACCAACUAGCUCUGCCACUCUUGCCCAGCCCACUCUUCACAGCUCUGGACCUUCGGCGUAG